AUAGACAGGCCCCUUUGUGCACAGUUUUAUUAGUAUAUAUCAUUGUGACCUGUUAUUUUCUGAUGUGACAACACCCACAGUGAAACUACUUUUCUGAGUAAACCUUUGCCAUUUGUCUGUUGUUUUUGCUUGCAUAAAUGACGUCUGUUAUCUGGAGAGCAUUGGGAAUAGCGGAAGCCUCAACAUCUACAAUUCAAAUGAAAAAUCAAUGAAAGAAUAUUUUGCAAAAAUAAUCAGAAAAUAAACACACAAACAAAAAAAGAAACAAAUUGCAAAAUAUGACAGUUUGUAAAACCCAAAUUAAGUUACAGUAAGCUACAAUCAAUCUAGUUACAUUUCAAAGAAAAGAAAAAAACAAACAAACAAACAAACAAAAAAAAAACAAAUCACAAGCCCCCAUAAUAAAUCACAACAUGCCAUGAUAAAUAAGCAAAGAAAAACAACAAAUCACAAAAAUCAGCAAGAUGGUGAGUAAGAAAACAAUUUAAAAAAGCCAAAAAACACAACCAGAAAUCAAGAAAGCAACAAUGAUUUAUGUUGUUGUUGUGUUUUAUUGUUAUUUUUUCCUUUGUGAUAAUGAUUUCUGAUUUGCUGUUUCACUUCUUGUUGUGAAUUAAAAUAUAUUCUUACAGUACGAGGAAGCAAAUAGAACUACAAAACAUUAAAAUUUGUAUUUUCUUGCUUGUUAUUUUGUUCUGCUAUUUGUUGUUGUGUGAUCUAAUUUGUUACUGUGUUUCUGAUUGUUUUUUUUUAAUGUGUUCUUUGGUGUGUCUUUCAGUUUUCAGUUUUUUUGGUGUGUUUUGUUUUGAGAUUUUUUUUGUUUCUUUUACUUGAGUGACUCUGUACUACAAACAAAUGAAGUGGAAAAAAACCCCAGAAAAGAACAAAGAGUAAUUACUUUGUCUAUAGACCAAAACAUGAGCUUUAAUGUCUUUAUAGAUGUUGGGGGGGGGGGGGUCAUUUAUUCACUUUUUUUUUUAGAUUAUGUUACAUGUUCUGAAGGAGUUCUGAAUCUGCAGAAUGAUUUCCUCAGUGUAAAAUAUCUCCUUCAUUAAAAAUGGCGGACUCCUCCUUUAAAUUCCAGGACAACUGAGACAACAGAAGGGCAUGAAAUAAAGAGUUGUGUAUCUAUAUUUACUUUCCAUCUCUGCAGAAUGAACUGGAAAACAUUAAAACUCUGUGUUUAUUGAUUUUUUCCCACGGGACCUGAACGCAGCCUCUCCCUUCACUUUUCUUGCGCUCUCUCUGCAGGGCAGCAGGGGGUGAUGGCUUGUUCCUGGAAGAGCCCAGCCUGCCUGCAGAGUCACUCACAUUCCUGGCUGGGAUUCAAUGACUGAGCCAGACACACAAACACAGAGGAAGGGGGAGAGAGAGAGAGAGAGAGCGAGAGCGAGAGCGAGAGAUAGAGCAAGAGCGAGAGAGAGAGAGAGAGAGAGAGAGAGAGAGAGAGGCAGGCUGGCUCUCAGACUUCUCAUCUCCAUACAGUCAGAGUGAACUGCGGGGGCAGACGGAGCGGGUUGCUGCAGUCCUCGACAGCGGAAAGAGCCGCAAAUAAGGAUUUUUUCAUCGAGCUGUAUCGACCCACAACUCCUGCUUUUGUUUCAUUUUCGCCUACUUCUCUUUGGAAUCCAACAAACGGAACUUUUCUCCGCUGUGGAGUUUGGAGAGCCGGGUUUUCUCCGGAUAUGGACAGUCUGCGCCCCGCUGCAGGGAGCGACUGGCCGCUGUUCACUCUGUAGGCUCGGAAUAAAACUGUAAUCUGGGACUUUUCUCUCUGGAUGUUUGAUGAAGCGCUUCGCAUUUUCGCUCACUUUUGGGACGCCGUGGAUUUACCAGGUUCAGGAACGGAUAGAUACUCGUGAUUCCCGGUCGACGCCAAAAAGGAUUUACGCUUCUAAAGUUGCAGGAAAAACAUGGAGACUGUAAGUCGGCAAAGCUUCCAGCCUCAUCCGGGACUGCAACAAACUCUGAAGCAGUUUCACCUCAGCUCUAUGAGCUCUCUUGGCGGACCGGCGGCUUUCUCUGCCCGGUGGCAACAUGAGCUCCUGUUCAAGAAGGACGGUAAGGAGCCCGAGCCGGUCCUGCAGCAUCUGCCGCCGCCGGUGAUGCCGGGCCCGCUCUUCAUCCCGUCGGACCGCUCCACGGAGAGGUGCGAGACGGUGCUGGAAGCCGAGACCAUCUCGUGCUUCGUGGUCGGCGGGGAGAAGCGCCUGUGUCUGCCGCAGAUCCUCAACACGGUGCUGCGGGACUUCACCCUGCAGCAGAUCAACUCAGUGUGCGACGAGCUGCACAUCUACUGCUCCAGGUGCACGGCGGACCAGCUGGAGAUCCUCAAAGUCAUGGGGAUCCUGCCCUUCUCCGCGCCGUCCUGCGGCCUCAUCACCAAGACGGACGCGGAGCGGCUCUGCAACGCCCUGAUCUACGGAGGCGCCUACCCGCCGCGCUGCAAGAAGGAGCUGAGCGGAGGCGCGCUGGAGCUGGAGCUCACCGAGAGGAGCUUCAAAGUCUACCACGAGUGCUUCGGCAAGUGCAAGGGCUUGUUCGUACCGGAGCUGUACACGAGCCCCAACGCAGCGUGCAUCCAGUGCAUGGACUGCAGACUCAUGUACCCGACGCACAAGUUCGUGGUGCACAGCCACAAGGCGCAGGAGAACAGGACUUGCCAUUGGGGCUUCGACUCGGCCAACUGGAGGGCGUACAUCCUCCUGGGCCAGGAUUACACGGGGAAAGAGGAGAAGGCCCGCCUGGAACAACUCCUGGACGAGAUCAAGGAGAAGUUUGACUUCGCCAACAAGUACAAGAGGAAAGCUUCAUCCAGGGUGAGUCUGUCAGCCCGCAGCUCCGGUUCUGUUCCUCUCUGUCUGUACUUUCUGCUCAGUUUGUGUUCCCUCGUUCAUAUCAGAUUAUGGAUUGCAGCUCGUUGUGGGUUGCUGAAGGUGCAUGCCAGCCGCCUCUUCCUUCUCUCCCUCCCUCUGAUAGCACAGAUCUAGAAUUUAAGCACACUGACACUCAUCCGUGCACUCUUAAAGCACGCCUUUGGCUCUUAAAAUUGGGUUUUUAAGGGUCCUUGAAAGUCUCCCUCCAUGCUCCUAGAAGUGGUGCCCACAGGCAGAGGUUCUCCCACAAGGGACUCCCUCCAAGAACUGAAAGUAUCCCAGAUACAGAAAGGAUAAAAGGGUUAAUUCAGACUUCUUACUCAUUUCCCUGAAUGCAUCUCGUGCUCCGUCUUAUCAGGCUGUUGUCAGAGUGUAAAAAGUGUGUAUCAGUCAAGCAGCAGUCAGUGUUUGGUCAUCAUUGACAUGUUGUCACUAAUUGAGCCUCACCCAGCGGUGACAACAGAACACCUCCGCUGGUCAUAAAGCCAUUAUUUACCUCUCAGGCUGCUCUUUAUGAGCCUCCACUGUAAAUACAAUCUCAUUUACCAACAAAUGGCUCAAUGGGAAACAGCAGUGAGAGGAGGGGGAGUGUGUGAGUGUGAGUGUGAAGAUUAAACACGAGCUCAGAGUAAGUGAGGGAAACAUUCACAUUCAUUUCUCAAGGUUUAAAGCGUUUCCUCCUGCACAAAGCAGCGGGAUUAUUACUGUUCGACUUGUUUAUGCUGUGGGGGCUUUGGUGUCACUGUAACUGUUGUGUUUGUCUGGCUGCUGUGUUUCACUCCUUCUCUUGGUUAAAUUUGUGUUACUAUCUGCUUUUUUUCUUCAUGCUGCGUCUGAAAUUCUGCGUUCAUUCAGAUUUUCCCUGCUGGUCUGUUCACCAUGUUCAGUUGCUUGACCGGAGACUAAUGAUGGAUAAAAAUUUGACUCAUGCUGACAGUCAUUUUUGAGCAGGUUCAAGUGUCUUUGAUGCAUGGAUGUGUUGUGAAAUGGAGAUUAUUUGGGCAUCUUGACAUAAAGUAGGAAAAAAGGGCAAUUUGAGGGGCAUGGCUCAUAACUUUGGAAACUCUAGCUGAUUUUUUUGACAUUUCAUUGACCUUCAGACUGAUGAGUUGAUCCUGGUAAAAAUAGUCUUUGAAUCUAGGAAUGACUCUGCUUCCGCUCGGCUUUGCCCUGCUUGUAUUUUUGGACUGAACUGAGUGAGAAGCUGGAUUAUAAUCUGUGCUUUGGUGUGUGCAGGCAGGCAGGCAGGCAGGCAGGAGUUUGCAGAGUUGGUGGUGGUAGUCUGAUAAAAGGGAUCCCACCCCUCACCCCUCCCCCUUGAAAAAAAGGCUAGUGCAGCCAUUUGCAUGAACUGUUACACAUGAAUGGAGUUGAUGAAGCAGGGUUUAGAAGUAUUGUGGUGGAAACAUAAUAUGAUCCCAACAAAGAGGAGCAUUCAGCAAACAUCAGAACUCCCCCCACCCUCAAACAUCCACCUCACCCAGGCCAACCACCCACCUCUGACACACACUCACACUCUGCUUUACUCUAAUCUGCACUUAAUUUCACUCUCUUUCUUUCUAGAACUUAACACUUCAUCAAAUCAGUGUGAGGAUGAAAUAGUGCUGCCUACGGGUGGGAUUUAACUAGUUUAGGUAACUAGUCUGUCUUUUUAAAAUCAGUGAGAUUACAUAUAAAUCCUGAGCAAAAACAAAACUGUGUAGAGAAGAGUUCUUUGAUCUAUUUUCCGCAGGAGAGUGAUGUCUUAAGACAAGUUUUGAACAAAGUACAGCUUAACAACUUCUCAUUGAAAAGCUUAAAAAUUAAAGGUGCUGCUUGCAAAUGUUGACAACAUUUCUAUAAAUCUGAGUUAUGAUUCACUUUGCAGAGAUUAUUCAUGAUUAGUAUGAUCAGAGGUCAGUUCUUCUUCUGGUGACACAGAUUUGUGACAAAACUCUUCUGGUAAAGUUAAGAGAUGGACUGGCAUACUUUCCAACUCCUUGUCCUCAGUUUCUAGGCCCACGUUGAAGGCCUUUCUGACUCUGGUAUCUGUAUCUGAACAACCUGGGUUGAUGAGGCUCAGAGAGUCUCUGCAGAGUGUUUACAUCCCUGCAGGCCUCAUCUGAAGCUUCUUUCACAGAAACCCUCCAAAGAAAGAGAAAUCAGGGACUCUUGAAGUCCUGAGGAGAGCCAAAGUCCUGCCAUGCUUGGUGAAUACCCACUCCUGGCACACACUUUCAUUCAGGCUCGAGUGGGCACACCUCGAGGACCCCCACUUCCAGGGGCCUCUUCUAUUUUUAUAAGUGCCGACGGGGCACCCAAGUGUUAAGCCCCCGGCUCAUUUCAGUCCGCUUUUUAAUUCGACUCCUCUUUUUUUCCCUCGAGUAGCCCGAUUCAAGGAACGCUAAUGAGCGAGUACAUGCCGGGUGGGAGCAGAGGAAUAUUUCAGAAUUUAUGGCGCUCUUUGUCAGCGUGUUUCAGCAUUUCAGCAGAGGCACUCAGAAAAUGUUCCUGCAGGAUGUGAGGGGAAGUGCCAGACUGCUGCCUUCUACCUUUUCAGCACACAAGAAAACGCCAUCAUGUGCGUGCUGGCAGCGAAGGAACCGGACGGCUCUGUGAAUAUUAAUGAGGCCUUUACAGAAGUGUUAGCAGCAGUCUCGCAUGCAGACAGACACAGGAAGUGAUAUUGCCACACUUCCCUCCUCGCAGACGCUCCUCUAAGAGCUUCCUUCUGAGACGCACACAUGAUGCUCGUAUCUGACUCACACAUCAUCUCAAAGAAAAACAGCUCUCUGCAGCGUGCCUGAAGUGAGAGUUUGCAGUAAAAGUUCAUUCUGAGUUCUUAUCGGGAGGAUGUGAGCCGCGGCGCUGAUUGUAAACAGAAAGGCAGCGAGCUAUUGAAUUGUUGAAAUGAGUUUAUGAGCAGGGUGUGGAGCACUUCUGGCUGUGAGUCCUCUGGUUUCUGGCUGGUGCACAUGUGGGUGGCACUCAUAAUCAGCGGCUUUCCGCAUCAGGAUGUUUAGAUAAGGAUUGCGGCUGCAGAUUUAGAAUGUUGCUAACUUUAUAAUUCGCCUCAAGAUGAUGUGAUUUCUGCUCAGUCCGUCUGUUUUGGGGAGAUAUGAAACAGAGGAAUAAAUGGGGACAGAGGGAGGAGGGAGCUCACAGAGGAGCCAGCAGCUCCAGCUUGACUCAUGCUUGGUUCAAAACCAGCAAGUUUACGUCAGACUUUUCUUUUUUUGGUGCCUUCCUAGAGGGCGAGGAUCCUGUUCAGUCUCUCUCUCUCUGACUUUCACAGAUGAGUGCAGGUACUGAGACAACAGGUCACUGCUGAUAUUCAUGAGUAGAAGGUUUUUGCCCCGGUGUGUGCACGCUGCUGCUCGCAGUCAGCUUUGAACUAAGAGGAGAUCCAGAUUUCCUCCUCAUCCCGACAUUUAUUUCAAUCACAAAAUGGUGCAAAGAGGAUUUUCUGAUUCAGACUCUCAAACAUGCAGCUCAGAGUUCAUUAAUUGAUAAAUUAAUUUGCAACUUUCAUGGAUUAAGGCUUACAGUUCAGACAGAUUUCAAAUAUGUGUUAUUUGCAGCCUCUUAAAUUUGAGAAUUAAAUGCCUUUCUUUGUUAUUUCUGGCUCAUGAUAAAUAGUUCUUUGGUUUUGGAUUUUUUCUCAAACUAUGAAAAUGCCUUUUUUGUUUCUGCGAAGUUCUCCAGGGUCUUUUGAAGACUUAUUUAGACACUUACAUCAAAUGGAAAGUGAAAAUGUCUCUGCAGCCUAACAGAUGUGUGUUAAGAACAAUGAGGCGUGUGCAGAAGCCAUUUUGUGUCCAUGCUCCGUGUUGCGUUACUGUGCCGUGCUGCACAUUCCUGCACGCUGCCUCCAUGCUUCAUCCUGUGGCCUCCAUGCAGAAGAAGCUUAAACUAAAGCUUCAACGUAAAACUAUUUGGUCUUUUCAACGGAAAAAGGAGACUAAAUUUCAAAUAUUUUGGAUCCAAUUUAUUGCAGAGAAAUAUUUGGCCUCUACUCUCUGCUGUGCAGGAGCCAAAACUUCCCCUUUUACUUCCACAUCCACCCCCACCCUGAGGAGCUGCUCGGGAUAUCUGGCCUCCAGCUGAAGGGGCUGCUUGUUUCAGAAGGGAGGGGGGGCGGGGGCUCGGCUCGGAGGAAGUGAACUCCCCAGGGGGAUAUAGGCCAAUGUCCUGUUUCAUAUGCAAGGCGCAGUGUUGGCUCAGCCUGCUGACAGCCAGCCAUGUCCCCCUCGCUGGACGGGACAGCAGCUGGUCUCUGCAGGUCAGAGGCUGCUGGGGAAUAUUUCACGUCUCUCUGUUUAGAUGCAGAGCUUGUUUUUUUUUGUAUCCUGAUGCCUCUUAAAUUUAGAAAUUGUCCUCUGUGUUUGGAAAAGGAGGAAGCCACCAAUUCAAUUACGCCGCUUUAAUGAGCUCUGCUGCCGGGCCAGGCUGCCAGUCUGGACUCUAAUGGAGGACAGCGAGUCCACGCUGGGAGGCACGGCUGAGGGUCGACAGAUCAAUGCCGCAUUGACGUUUGAGCGUCUUUAUGUCAAGUGUGAUUGAAAAGUCCAUCACUUGCAGAGCUCACUCAAACAGAGAGUCUCUCCUCUGUGCAGCUUGGCAGCCGGUUGCCUCUGAAAUACACGUCGUGUUUUCCUGCCAAAAAACCUCCUUAUAAAUAUACAUUUUGGAUUUGACCUGCAGGCAUGGAGAGCAUUCAGAGAAAACAGCACAAAGAAACCACCUUUUUAAUGAUUUGGACUGUGAAUGCGCUCUGCCUGAAUGGUAUGCUAAUUAAAGUCAAUUAAAAAGAGGCUGUUUAAUUAGUAGUUAAGUUUGUGUGCUGAAACUUCAGCUAAUUACUUUCCACAUAUGCUGCUGCUGCUGCUGCUUCUCCACAGCUCUUUCAUUUUUCCCUCACUCUGCAGAAAUCCUGCUGCAAAAAAAAACCACAUUUAUUUUGCUCUUUAGGGAAAAAAAUAGCUCAACUUUGCUUCAAGGCUCCUCGACAGAAACUUUAAGGAACAAUUGUGUGUCGAGAUGCGAAGUGAGUGAUGUAUUUGAUGCGCUUUUUUAAACGUCAGCCUGUGUGUGUGCAGACCGGAUAGCAGAGCGGAGAGAGCGGAGGAGCAUCACAGGUUACACAGCUUGUUGUGUUGUCUGGAACAUUUUUCUGAAGGCUGCCAUUGAAGUAGCGGCGGAAAAUGAAUUAAGAGCAGUGAUUCUUUCAUUCAGAGUGUCUCUGUGCCAGAAGCUGUUCAUUUCAAAGCCUUCAAAGUUCUGCGAACAAAAAGGGGAUUUUCCUGCCUGCUGCUUGAUUGUGCACGAGGGCUGAAACACGUAGAAACAUCAAGUGUUGUUGCGGGGUUUCUGACUUAAAUGUCACUUUGCAGCUGUGAGCACCUGGUGUGUGUUUUUAUGAACAUUUACAAUACAGGCUGAUAACCUCAAAGGAAAAACAACCGUGCUUGCUCAAAUAUUCUGUUGUUUUCAGUCGCGUUGUUUGAAACACUCUGAACAAUGUUAAAACUGAAAACUGAUCCAAUUCUUCCUUACCCAAAACUGCUCCUUAUUAGAUUGAUCUUCUGUUGAGUUGUACAGCAGCUGCUUUUGCUAUGAGCACACUUAAUGUUUUCACUUCCCAAAGCAAAAGACUUAAAUUAGGGGUGGCUUGAUAUGAUGAUAUUAUUGGAUAUUGGUGCGAUAUCAAUAAAAAAAAACAAAUAUCGGAUUAUAUCAGCUAGGGGUGUCCCAAUACGAUAUUGUUAUUGGAUAUCAGUCCGAUAUAAAAAUAAAUAAAAUUUACAUAUUAUUUCGGCCUGCAUCUAAAAUCUCUGAUAUCAGCACUCCGAUACAACACCUCUAUCUUGCAGCGCCCUGAUCCAGCAUGUAGAGCCCAACAACAGUGUGUACUAAGAUACUAACAAAGUACCAAGGAGUAGGGAUGAUGUUGGCCCUGUGGCAGUAUUUUUUGUUAAAGCACAAGUUUGUGCUAAUAUCGGAUCAAUAUCGGUAUUGAAGGCUACAAUAUCGUAUCGGAGGUAAAAGGUUGUAUUGGGACCUCCCUAAUUGAAACUGCUAUCAGGACUCGUUGUAAAGCUUUUCCAGACAAUAAUAUCCAAAAUCUGAUUCUUGAAGUCUGAUUUUAAGUUGCAAAAAUGUGACUCAUGCUGGAUUUGAAAGAAUGCCCUCAGCUUGAUAAUGCAGAGAAAGGAAAGGAAAAGCCUUGUUAAAGUCUGUGUGACUGUGAAAUGAAAUUAUCCUGUUUGAUCUCUGUGUGCUCUGACUGGUGUGGUCCAUUUAUCAAGAUAUAAACUGUAACUGGUGUGCUGAUAGUUUGCACAAAUAAGUCUGGAUUCUAACUGACUGCACCAAAAGUAGAAGAAAGGCAGUGAUGAAGAAAUCUGGAGGGUGUUUAUGUCAGUAUCAAUCUUGAACUUUGGAUAUUUUUUACUCUGAAAGGGCAAAUCUAAAGGAGAGAUUUAUGUUAAGUCAGUCUGCAGCUCUCAGACUUUCAACCCUCAUCUGUCUUUCUGCACAUGCUCAUUCUGCAGCAACUUUUUAACCGAGCAGAGGUCUCAAUCAGGAGAAGAGAGCAACCACAGACGAGAGAGGUCCAAGGUCUCCGUCUGUCUCCUCCAGAGUCUUUUUUGUGAGAAAUGGACGGAGCAGCAGCCAACCUAGUUCUUCAUGCGGAGCUGGCCGGCUGUCAGAGAGUGUGGAGGAGGAGACGGAGGGAGGAGGACAAACCUCUCUGGAGCUCCUGUGCCGCCUCCCACCUACAAACCAGCCAUCCAUUCAAAGAUGGAGGAGAAAAAAGCUUCCUGAGAAGUAGUCCACGUUGUUGUAGGCAACCAUGCAUGUAAGCUGUCUGAGAGAGCGCUGCAGCACGCAAUGCUCCGAGCCGGGAGCAUGCGUGGAAAUGAAGUAUUUCCUCCCACUCGCUGAAAUCCCUGUCAGAAUAUUCAUAGCCUGCCGAUAAAGCAUGAAACUAACAAGCACACACAUCAUGCUGCAGCUAUUCUUAAGUCUUGGAAGAACCCUGAGCGCGUCUCAGCGGGAUUAUUGUCAGAGCGGCACGGCAGGAGAACCCGCUGACCUCUCGCAGGUGUUGCGUGGAAGAGGAGCUGUGGUUUUAUUCGCCGUCUGGCCUGAGCGCUGGCUCCUGAACGACACUGUGUCCGUUUUUUUGUGGGCAUUCAAUAUUGAUGGUAGGUUACCGUAGGCGGCGAGGUCCGUUAUGUUUAUUUAAUGAGAGGGUGUUUGAAAUAUUCAUCCACACACAUGGCGCUGGAUUCCCUGCUAUUGUCUUAACUACACAUCCCCGAGCAGCUUCCUCUAACCUUUCGCCUCCUCUAACCCGCCCUGAAGCUCCUUCACCGGCGAGGUGCACAAAUGCUCGCUGUGAGGCCACAGUCAGGCUGAACUUCUGCAUUUUUAUGUUUGCCAAGUGGCAGAACGCUGCGAGCUACUCACAGACUUACUUUCAGGGAAGCCACGAAGUUCACUUGAUUCAUGAGCAACCUGCAGGUGAAAAGAUGUCAAAGAUGUGAAAUCAGAAAUGUUGAGGAAGGUAUUUCGCGGCUCCUCUGGUUCUAUGUCUGGAUUGUUAGCAUGAUAAAUAACAGUAGCGAGAAGUUCAGCUUUCUUUCGGGGAGCCUUUAAAAGAGCUGCAUCUCAUAAAUAAAAUUCUGAUCGGACUGAAAGAGGCACUUUUUCUGUCUUUCUUGAGGUGGACUGGGAAUAAGGGCUUGAUGGAGAAGUGCUGUCCAAAGAAGCCAGUCAGAUUUCAGGCUGUCUUCUGCAAAUAUUCAUUGUUAUGAAACAUUUAUCACUAUUGUUUUUCUGCUCUUUUGAGUGAAGUCAUAGUAACUUUGAAGAAUUUAGAAGCUCAAAACGAUAGAUUCAUCUUAGUCUGGCAUCUGUGUUAAACCCUCUGCCUGAAACCUUUUCUUAUGGCUGCUUUUCCACUGAUAGAGAGUUCGACCUAUCUUGCGGUUGCUACUUUUUACACAGAUAUCGCUGAGACUAAAAAUCCAGCUCCAUACUGAGCCAAUAGAGUGCAGAGAGAAGGAGGAAUAGGAGCACGGAGAUGAUUUGAGACUUUGUUAAGGAUCUGUCUGGACAUCCAACAGUGUAGCAUUCAUAUUAUGUCUCCUUCACACCCAAUAAAAGGAAUCAGUGUAAAAAAUAUGAGAUAGAAACAACAGGAUUUGUCCAAAACUGCAAAGUGUUAUCAGGAGUUUCCACAAACCUGCAGAAUAUUCAGAUCAUAUUCUAGAGACGUUUUGAUAUAAAUUGUGUUAUUCUGCCUCAUUGUCAAAGAAAAGGAAGGUCAGAUCAAAUUUUCAUAAUAACUAAAAGUUUGCAGGUAAAUAAAAGGUGCUGGUUUCAACUUUUAACCCACUCAGAGAGGUUGCAUCAUCCUGAGCUGGUUUAGUGGGAUGUUAGUGGGGGAGGGGGAUAGGAGUGGGUUUCUUUUUGCUGUGUCAGCCCAGGAGCACUCUUUGUAUAUGACAACACUGCUGGCCUCUGGUGUUACCCCUGCCCGCCCCCCCCUCCUGCUUCCCCUGGUGCAGCCGUGUGUUUGGGAGAGCAGCCAGCUCCGCACGACCUUUCCCCCCCAAAUAAAGAGGUGACCCACCUCACCCUUUGCCUCUCCACAGGCACUGACGGCCAAUUGCGUGCUGCUGAGCCGCUCCCAUGGGGGCAGAUGGCUGUCUGACGGAGGCACACACACACACACACACACACACACACACACAGAAAUAACACGGUGAUAUAUAUAAUGAGUGUUUGCGUGAUGGACGGUGCGCUCAGGUUUUAGGUUUACCUGGCAGAAUGUGUGUGUGUGUGAUGUGGGAACAUUGGCUCGGUGAAGGCAUCCUCUGCCUCAUUUGGUGUGUGAUUGGGCGAAGGGCUGCUUGACUGUAUGAUUUGCCGCCAUGUGUGUGUGUGUGUGUGUGUGUUCUUGUUUGGUGCCUGGAUCAGCUGUAGGAGGAGAUUAGCAUGAGCUCACUGCCUACUCAUUUCCAUCCCCAUCUGCCUGUCUCCCACAGUGAUUCUCGCUCCUCUCCCUCCCUCCCCCUCCACACACACACACACGAGCAUAGACAUCCACACAGCAGCGGAUCCCGCCCCCGCGCUGCCUCUUUAGUCUUAUAAUGAAUCCAGAAGCAGACAGAUCAGCGUGCGUAGCAGCACAUCUACCAGGCAUGGCCUACAUUUCCUGUGCGUCGUCCCGUCAGGGGCCGGAGGUCUGUCUCAGACUGUGGCAGACUCACACACAGACUGUUUGUUGGUCUGUUUCCUCUGCAGGUGUGUGGCUGAUCCUGUGUGAGUUUGGGAGCAGGACAGGUAGAGACGGAGACGGCAGCUACAGGGAGAUUUUCGAGCUAAUAAUAAGCCGCGCUAAUCUUAUUUCUGAUUGAACUGGCACGAUUCCUCUGAGAGGAGCUGCCAAGUCGACUCAGCAGCUUUGUGAGAUCUCUGUCGAGAGGACGGGGCGUGAUAGUGAGAGAGAGAGAGAGAGAGAGAGAGAGAGAGGAAGGGGGAGAGAGAUUUAAGUUUAAGAAGCACAACAGCAAAGCUUCAGUUCUGCAAAAAUCAAACCACAGAAAAUGGAGCACCUGCUGGAAAGAGUGAGAGAUAGUUGAAGACAUGUCUCAGAUUUAAAGGAUGUUAAAUCAAAACUAUAAAAGAUAAAACUUUCAUUUUUGAGAAGCUGAAAACUCAGACUUCUGCUUUUUGCAUCAGCAAGUUUUUGCAACAUAGAUGUUAGGAAUCAUCAUCCCAAUAAUCUCUUGAAGUUAUUCUUAAAUAGAAUCUAAACUAGCUGCAGCAUUAUUCGCAAAAAAUUCGUCCUUUUGAGUCCAUAUGGACUUUGGAUCCUAAAUCCGCAGCAGAUUCUCUUAGAAAUGACUUUAAAAUCAGAAAAAAAUGCCAAAUUCAGAGGCAGAGAGACUCAUUUCUUCUGCAGAGCUCAAAGAACCAUAAAAAUAAAUCUUGUGGGAAGAAUCAACCAAGUGUCACAGUCAUCUGCUCACAUUUACAGAGAUUUUUUAUCCAAAUUAUACAGCCGGAUCUGAAAAUGAAGUCCCACUGUCUCUACUCUUAAAAUUCAUGACAGUUCCAGCUAUGUGGUGCAUAAUCUACACGGCUAAAAAGAAAGAGGAUUAACCUUAGCCAGCAUCAGCCUACACUGUUUUUACCAUCUGGCCUGGCUUUAAUAUCAGGAUGCAUGGCAGAAUUCAAGAAGACUGAACGCUCACCAAGUUUACUCUCUACGUCUGCUUCCAUUUGAAUUUCUGCCCUACAAAAUAUUGAGCGCCUGGAGGUGUGACAGUCUCACAGUUUUUCAGUUUUCAGGCUGAAUUAGGUUUACUUCUUCACCGUACGGGCGCUCAAUCUGUGGGAGAGGCUAAACUCUUUGAAAUGAAGGUGUCCAGCUCUGAAAUAAAAGGGUUUGGUAAAAAAAAAAGAAGGAUCCAAAGACGGACUUUGAAAAAUGUCCAAAGGGACUGGAGGUGUUGUUUUCUGUUGUUGUGAGGCGGGCCGGGUCCUGGGAAACCUCUUUGUCGUGCUUUUUGUCUUUUCGUCUCUUGGAGGAGUGGGGGGGUCACUGCGGCUUGGCCUCAGCCAUGUGGAAGGGCAGCUCCCAGGAGCUCUGUGAGGUAUUGUUGUGGGACAGCCAGUGGGGGUGGUGAUGCUGUCCACUGGCGAGCCAUUGUCACCUUCUUUGUGGCGGGUAUCAGCUGUGGAUCUGUGAUUGUGGGACAGAUAGAGGUGAUAACCCGCCUCCCCCUUCCCUCCCUCCCUCCUCUGUGGGAUGAUCAGCGCUCCCAAAGCGCCUGAGUCAUGGACCAGUGCUCAUUGUUUGCCUCCCCCUCCUCCAUCCUCCGUCCUCCCUCUUACGUCUGUUUGCUCAUCUUUUCUGGAAGCGUCAUGGCGGCUGCCAUCCAGCACAAACAAAGAGACACUGUCAGCUUUUAUGAACAAUCUAUCAGAGUUAUUUUCCACAUUUUUAUGCUUAAACUGCUCCUCUCCCGCGUUAAAACUUAUCUUUUCACAUGUAAUGCGUUCUGAAGCCGACAUGUUUCCUGCAUGAGGUGUCUACUGAGGAAGUGGAGGCCAGAUCAGGCGUGGUAUCAAACCAAAGUGGACCUUUUGAUGGGAAUGCACCACUAUGUAUUUAUUGGGUUGGCUUUAGCUCCCUUAAAAGUGGGGAUGGGCGAUAAAACGGUAAGGAUAUAGAUCAAAAAAUUAAUUUCACGCCAUAUCGGUAUGAAACAUGGUCAAUAUGCUUUUCAAUAGUCGGCAUUCUGCCAUGUUUUGGUCUACUAUACAAAUAGCCAAUUAAAAGGGGAGCUUCUGCGGGUUGUACUGCACUGAACCAAUCAUGUGCUGAAUCAGAACCAAGUAGCAAACAACUGCGUAGUAGCAGGCUGCAGCUACACGCAACCAUAGCACUUAAACAUGUGAAGCCGACAGCACUGUUGGUAAAAAAGAAAAGAAAAUGAGAGCUACCCCGGGCAGAAGAUGAAGGCUCAAUAGAUGACGACAAAAACAUUGAUGGUGUGGAGACAUUUUGGUUUUUUUGAGGUCGGACAUGAAGCAGAGUAAUGUGCACUGCAAAUUAUGUCGAGUACAUGUUAAAUUUCAUUUAAGAGUAAUGAAACAUUUAAGAUUGACAAGUUAUUUUUUUAUAUAUAUUGUGAUACAUAUCAAUAUCGACUGAUAUGAAAAAAAAUAGACUAUGAUAAACUUUUUCCCUUAUCGCCCAGCCCUGUUUAAAAGAAUUGUAGUCUCACUGAGGUGCUGAGGAAAAAAGCAAACUUCUCUAAGCAGCUUUUGACCUCAUGGUUGGAGCUCACGGGCUCAGAGUGUCCAGUGUUGCUGGCCUCACAGAACCUCCUAUAAAUGCAGCUGUGAUGAACAGGAGAAGGGUGUGAUGGUCAGGCAAAGUUCAGCUCGGAGCCGUCAUGUUGUAUCAAAAAGACAGGUCGGUCCACCUCCUGAUUAGUCCGGUUUAAGAUUAACUAAACCUGCUUCAGUGUGACUGAGACGUUGGUGUGAGUCACAGCAAACCAAACAGAAGGAGAGAUCAGAGGUUUUUAUGGACUUUACUGACUCAGGAGGAUACACCUUUUCUCAGAACACGCAGCCCUGAAUCUGGAGUGCUGUCCGAGGCUUGUUCAUUCUUUUAUAUCCCUCAAUAAACCCGCGGAGAAAUGAUCUGAAUGCAGCUGCAGGUUCAGAUAGGUGACUUUAUAACAGGGGAUAUCAGAGAACAAGUAAUGCUAAUAAAAGCAGUGUCUGUAAGAGCUUCUCCAAACCUUCACCUUUGAUUCUUCAAAAUGAAAGAGCCCAUCUGUGGGUAUCAGUGGAGGAUGAAUUAGGACUUUAAUUCAGGUCUCAUUUCGGGAUGUAAUCGGUCUAGACUGGGUCUACUCUUUGGGCUUGGACUCUCAACCUCAGUAGUCAGAAGUUUGGAGGUUUGGAUCUCAGGGUCUAGAGUGAACUGGUCUUUGGAGGGCAGAUUUACAGCAUUUAGAGCUGACUUGGUGGAAAUAGGGUUCAAGAAAAAGAGCGAGAAGAGUGAGGCCACACCUCUGCAGGAAGUGGAGGUGUGUGUGUGGGGCAGUGAAGGGGUAGGUAGGCCUCAGCAGGCUCAGUUUACUCCUCAGGAAUGAAGUGUUGGAAACAAAGACUUAUAAUGUGGUUAACAUCCUUCCUGCAGACUGCCUCGGUCACUCCCUCCUCUCCAAGUCACCGAUCUGCUGCAUGAAUCGUCCCGGCCGCACUCUGGCUGAUGAGGCGGCCGUGCAGAUGCUAAAUAAAACAAAACGCUGAAAGGCGAUCCCAACUUCUGGCACAGACGCUGCAGUCUCAGGUUCAGAGAGCCUCCACCAGGCCCAGACUCGCUCCUCUGCUCCAAUCAACCCCCGCCUUUGACUUAACAUCUUUACCCCUCCCCCUGCACACACACACACACACACACACACACACACACACACACACACACACACACACACACACACUCUCUGUUCAUCUCUUAUUGUACUACUCACACACUGAAAACCACAUUUCUGCACACACACACACACUCAGUCCACUCCUGCUGAGCAGACAAUAGACCUCUUGAAGCCCUCAGAGUAUAAUUAAUGUAAUUGUAGAUCUCAAAGACAAGGUAAUAUGUGGAGUGUGUAACCGCCUCCGACCUACGGCAAGCACAAAGACGCUUUUCUCUGCCGUCUUCCUUCAAAGAAAUGCUGCUGAAGCUAAACUCAGCUACAAGACAUCUGUUAAUAUAAAGCCCAGCAGCAUUUAUAUAUGUCUGCUGUCACUGUGUGUGUGUGUGUGUGCGAGCAGGGGGAGGAGCUGGGUCGGACAUGCUGACUUAUCCCAUGUGACCUCUUGCCUUCUCACUGGGCUCAUCUGUCUGCCCUGUUUAAUUAUCUCCUCUCUCUCUCACACACACACACACAUACACAUGGACUGACACACACGCGUGCACACACACAGAGGUCAGGGCUACAGCUGAACCUUGCCACGCCAUGACACCCCCUCCCCUCUCCUUCCCUUCCCUCCCCCGAUUUUCCCCUCCCUAAAUUCCCUCUGCUGGGUGUCUGCAUGACUCUGCAGAGGAUUAGGCCAGACGUGUGUGUGAAUAUGUGUGUAUUUGGAUAUGUGUGUGAGCACUUAUGGCUUGCAUAUCAUUCACAGUUUUCCCACCAGUGUUGUCGCCACAUUGAUUCAUGUUUCCAACCAGCAGGACCAUCAGUUAGGAGGGGGCCGCUUCAGACCAUAACACCACAUCCCAGUUUUUUUCAUCUUCUAAUUUAUGCUACAGAUAGAGAGCUGGAGAAUUUACAGAUUGUAUCUACUUUAAACAGUGAAGACAACAAGACAAUCAAGUUAAGAAUAGUUUUUUAUUCUGCUGUUAAUCCAGCAGACCUCGCUGUCCUGUUAUUAUUUAAAAAAGAGAGUGAUGCAAGAGAAGGGAGGGUUCAAGAAGAGCUUAGUUGUUAGCUAUUGCAAGCAUCACUCUGUCUGGACUUGAUGUGGGUCACCAGCUCAAGUCCCAUUAGUUGCUUUAGAGGUGAAAUGAACAGCCUGGAUAUUACAGAGGUGCCCUGAGCAAGAAGCCGGGGGCGCUGGCUUGUAUGCAGCCGCCUCACUCUUGAUAUCUCUUUAUUAGUUCGUAUGUGUGGAUGUCCAGCCCAUGUUUAUGUUGUAUUUUCAGUCAAAGUGAGUGAAAAAGAUAAUAGCUCUUCACCCUAAUCCUUACCGCAAGUCUGCAACAGUGCAGUGAUUGCGUCUUUGACAGUCCGGUGUAAUUUUAGAUUUCAUUAUGGCCCUGCAGAAGCAGGAGAGACAUGGAGUUAGUGUGUGUGAAUCUACACACACACACACACGGACACACGCUGUGCUGUUCUGCCCUACAGACUCUUGAUGCUUUACACUGCCUCUGUCUCCCUUCUGUUACUUCUUCUGACAGCCGAUGAGCAGAAGAAAAGUUUCACCUCACUACAUCAUGCUGCACUGAAAAGAUUUCAGAUGAGAUGAGAUGAUCAACUGAAAUGUUCGCUUAUGGAAUAAAUCAGAUCAGCUGUUUUCAUAGAUUUAUCUAUGAUCUAAAUAAUUUUUGAAACAAGUGAAGUUUCCUUCUACCUGACAAUAAAAAGGCCUUUAUUUCAGCUGUUUUAGUCUCUAAAUACAAAAGUUUUUUUAUUCACUCUGCUUCUGUUUUUGCAAUAAUUCAUAUGUUUGUUUUUAAACCUGGUUUCUUGGUCACAUUUCUUGAUGUGGCAUCUGUUGUUGGGCUGCUUUUUCUUCCUGAAGCAGGUGUGAAACUGUGUUGAUUUGCAGAUAUGCCGUCUUCAAUGCGACCACAUGCCUCAGUGCACUGAUUUAACAGCAUCUCUGUGGCAUAUGCUUGAAAGAGCUCUGCAGCACAGCCAGUAAAAUCACAUUUUGUCAUUUUAGUGCAGGAUCGCAAACUACAGAAACAUCAUGACACUCACUCAUCAUUGCCUGUUAACCAUACUGGGUGGACUCAAACAGCUACUGCAGCCAUUCACCAUCUCCAUCACAGAAAAAGUGUAAUUGUGCACAUUAUCACAACAUGAUUUCCAUCAGCCUAAGCAUCAUAAACAUCAUGCAAAAACAUCCAAAUCUAAAUAAUGUAAUGAGAGCUGUUUGUGGCCCAGUCAGAGAACAGUAAACACAGUUGAUGAGAGUUGAUUGGCGUGCUGUGAAAAUGGUCACAGUUAAGAAGAUUAUAAUCAGAGGAAAGAAACCGGCUUCACCCUUCUCUCUCCUAAACGUGGGCAAAUGUUUAAUGCAUUGUUUUUCCCUCUGCAGAAGUGGUUUGAUAGACUAAAUCAAUUCAUGCAAAAUGGGAUUAAAUGAAGUUUGGGUUGCAGAUGCACUUGGCUGCUGUGCUGACGUCAGGUUGAGGUGUCCUGCAGUCCUUUAGAUAUCUAGAUCUGUGAACUUUCUGGGUAUUUUGAAGUGCUUCAGGACACAGACAGAGGAGAACAGUGAGGCUCCUUCUGAUUUUCCACAGAGCUGAAUUUAUUCGGAGAGGGGAGACAGUGUUUAGUCUGGUCUCAAGGACAGAGCCGGCAGUGUUAUGUCUCUCUGUCUCUUCCCUCUUCUUCUCCCUCAACCUUUCAUGUUUCCAUGAACCGGCUCCUCUCCCCUCUUUCAGACCCUCCUCCUCGUCCUCCAUCCUCUCUGACCCCCUCACCCCUCCCCUCCUUUCCCCUCUUCUCUCACCGUCUUCGGUGGAGGCAUCCAGCUCAGGAAGUGCUGUGAAACAUCAGAUUCCACUUCCUGCAGCAAUCAAUACAUCUCAGGUCCAACAGACGCACACACAGACACACACACACACACACACACACACACACACACACACACACACACACACACACCUGCUGUGAUUUCACACUAUGCAUGACUGAGGAGCUUUAAUUCAAACUAACGUACAGUGAAAAAAAUCAAACUGUGUUUCAAACACCUGGAUGACCUGCAAGUUUUCAACAAGGAGCUGUUGAGUGAAGAGUUUUGGAGCUACAAUCUGAAAACUCUCAUACUGUGGAGCUGUAAGUGUUGUCUGAAAAGCAUUUAUAGCGAUGGGUGGACACCUUAGCUGGUUUGACUGUCUUUGAGAUGACUCCAGGAGAUGGUGAAUCAUUUGGUAGAACCAAAGCAGGUAACCAUGUUUGGUGCUAGAGCUAUUUUUCUUCACUUUUUGACUACUGUCUCUACAUUAAAUAAAAAUAAGACAAGAAUCAGUUAUAAAAUAGUUAAGUAUGCAGAAUGUUUUACAUAAUUUGAUCUCAUUAGCUCCUUUAAUGUGACAUUUUGCUGUAUGCUUGACCUCUAAGUUCAACACUUUUGUACGCUGGGGUCUUUGCUGUUGCUCUCCCUGCCUCCACCCCAGCUCCUCCUUUUUAUACUGGGCUGGAUUUUUAUCUGAGCCAUGUGUUACCAGUGUCCUGAAGAGCACAGUGUACCAGAAGAAAGACCAUAAAUCUUGAUCUGGCAUGAUCAGUUUUGUUGCGUUUUCCUGAACCACCCCACUGACAGACAUGCUCAGUAUCUGAAACAUGAACUUAUUACACCUUACAUUCUGCAAACUUUGGUGUUUAAACACUUUUUCUACUCUGCGCAAACAGUCAAUUGCGCAAGAAACAGUAACAUCUGCAUGUGUUAUGUAAGGUUGCUGCAACGUACGACGAUUUCAACUUUAAACUUAGACUUAAAUUGGCCUUUUGGAGACAAAUGGAGGAAUCUUUGUCGAAGAUAAGGCAUGAAAGAAGGCGGAGGUAGGUCAACCCAAGUGCAAAGACACACUUGCAGGUAGAGAAAACUUAACGAUAAGCAGGUUGCAUAAAAUAAUAAAUGUACAGUAUAAAGAGUUAUGAUAUUUAACUAGGCUUAAGUGAUCCAAAUUAAACCAUAUAACAUUUUCCCUGUUCAUAAAUGGUCCUCUCUGCAGAUAAAAGUAUAUAACAGAUCUAUAAAUCAUCCAGCUCAAUCUGUGAUUCUGUCUUUGUGAAUUCCUGCUGCUGCACCGUGGUUGUCUUGGAUGCGAAGAAGAAGCAGCAGAGAAACAGAGACAUGAACAAACUGAAAGAGGGAUAGCUGGACGCCUCCUCCCCUGCAGCAGUAAUGAAAUGAUAGAUCCCUGAUGUGGAUGGAGCAGAAGUGAAGCGAUGACCUCACAGCCACCUAAUCGCCGCGCAGGGACGAGCCGGCGGCUAAUGUGUCCAUUAGCCUUCCCUCGGCCAGAGGAGAAAUAAACCUGACUCAGAGAGAGAGAGUGAGAGAGAGGGGAAGACGAUGGACAGGAAAUAAGUUUUUCCCUCUAAUGCAAAAUGACUUUUCUUUUUUAAGAGGCUUUUUUUGGUCCUUUGUUUUACAUCCCUGUAAUUUGGCGUAAAUGUUUUGGGGAUGAAACAGAAAGCACAGACUGUUUUUGGAAAGAGAUGGCUGAACGAUUAUCUGAGUCCAAUAUUUGGGCUGAAAAAUGAAUCCAAGCAUAACAAGAAGUGAGUGUUAUCUGAAAAAUCUUUGUCCCACUUUCAGAGCUCAGAAACUUUUCAGUGAAGAGCAGAAUCAAACUUUUGUGAGUUCACAUUUUUGCAACAACAUGGGUCUGUGUGAGGGAGCGUCUCUGUGGUUGUGUAAAUGUUUUCUGCUGUGGGGGGGUCCUGUUGUUCCUCACCCGGCCUACAGUUCAUCAGUGGGGGUCAGAGAGGUUGCUGAUACCAGAGUUUGCUCCAAUGGAAGCCCCCUCCCCCUCAUCAUGUGACCCAUGUGGGGUGACUGUCAGUGCACAAUAGCCAGAAGCCGAGGGAUGGGCCUUUUUGUGCAAAAUGAAAACACAGCACAUGUGAACAAGUGAAGCCCUGCAGAGUCACAUGUUCACCUGCUGCUGCACCGCCGGCCCUCCCACUUCCCUUUUUCUGCGUACAGCGGUGCAAGCGAAGAGUCGGCUGUCGGCCACAACAACCCUGCAGACUGUCAGUCUGAACUUGCACCGCAGAGUCGUGGCAGCCAGUGACUUCUGGUUUCGACACCACACCGGCUUCCUGUCGCGCCUCCGCCCUGCUGUCGGAAACUUCAUCAGUUCUCCUUAUGCAACACUCCAAAAUGUCUGCAGCGUCUUCUCCCAGAACCAAAAUGUCCUAUUCCUAAAAUGCACGGUGGACGGCUCGCAGGGUGUCGACUCUGAUUUUUGCAUCCUUGGAUAAACGUAAUCUAAGCUCACAGCCCUGAUUUCCUCCAACCUUUGAGAUAUUUAGACAAAUGCAAAUCAACCAGAUGUUUUACACAUUCUAUAUUUUUAAUCACAAAUUUCAAAAUAAAUGAAGACAAAGAUAAAUAUCUUAAGAUCAUUAACUAGAAUUAAAACAAAAACAAAAAAACAAGCAACUAUACAUUUUCUUGCAACAGAAAGCUUUCACACACAUUAUGCUCUAUGGUCAAUGUUGAUAAAGUCAUUAUUUUAAGUCACAACCUUUGCAGGGGUGGCAAUUUAAGUAUCACUUUGCAUAAUCCUGCUAAAAUGAAAUAAAAUAAAGAAACAGUCAUUUAGAUCAAAACCCGCAUUUUGAAUGUUAGAUUACCCGCUAGAUAUGCAUAUUUCAGGGAUAUGAAGCAUUUGAAGAUUUCUCUGGAAAUAACUCCACAAUAAGUGAAAAUGUAUAAACUGGCAGCAUGUUUGUAAAGGGUCUAGAUUAUCUUGGAUGCCUGAUUAGCUUGGAAAUCAGAGUUGUUGCACUGCUGCAAAGGAGUCAGACCCACUUUUAUAGAUGAAAGUAAAAGCGUGCUGCAAAAUAAUUGCACAGAAACUGGAAAAACAAUCACUGAGCUGUGAUAGGAUGGGCUAAAAGUCAGUUUAAAGACAUUAUUUAUGAUAAAAUAGAGUCUAAAGAAAGCUCAUGUCUAGUCUCUCUCCAUCUGUGUCAGACUGAAUUGCAGACCCUCCUCCCUCACUGCUGGAAGUCAUGUGAUUUGGCUCUAGAGUGAAGCCUCUCACUCUCCCUCUCUCCCUGCGGCUCUCUCCAUCGCUCAGCCUCUCCCAGAGUUCACCAGUGGAACAAAAUGUCCGGCUCCGAGGUGGAAAGCGCCAGUAUGUGCUGGCUGGCCGGCCGGCUCGAUUUUGAGGCUGCCCGGCUCCCUGUGCUCGACCAGAAGGGCCUCUUUGUGCUCUGGCCUUACAAAGAUGCACCCCGAGGCAGCGAAAAAAAAAAACCCCACCAAAAACAAAACCCACAGCAGCGUCCAGGCCAGAGCGGAGGGGGGGCUGCCUGUAGGACUACAUGCAGCGUCCAGGAGGAGCUGCCAGAAUCAGAGGUUACAAAUAAAACCUGGUGAAAAGGCCGGAGAGAAACAGAGGAAGGAAGUUUUCCAUCAGAGCUGAAAAGGCCCCACGUGGUCGGCUUCCUCUCAUUCCUCUUCCUCGUGUGCAAACCCAUGAUGGCUGAGCAUUUUGCAAUCGCUGAAAGCUGCUGGGAAAAUACUUGUAAAAGUUGUGGUGAUCUGCUGUAAUCUGCUUUUUCCUCCACAAGUAAAAGGUUUGGGGAUUGAACCUCAGUGUGUUUAUGUGCUGACCAAAAUAGGGCAGCAAGGACUGACUGUGUGAUCUUGAGUCUGCUCAAAAAGUGGCAGGGUUUCAUGAGAUUAUUAUGUGUCGAAACCACUGACAAUGAGGCGCACGCUCACACCAAGGGGCCAAUGACAGCAGGCCUUCUGGGAAAUAUAUAAAAAUAUAUCAUUAUGGUUCGUUACGUUGGUUGCUACUGGCCAUAAAAUGGAGGGAAGAUGAAGAAGAGGCAUCAGCAGCUGCUGCUAGCUAGCUGUAGCACUGCAGAUUUGUAAUUUUCAUAAGAAGAGCACACAUACAAAUAAAAAUUAAGAUUUUACAGUGCAGAAGAUAUGAGGCUGUGAAAUUUCAAAAUAAAAGCCUCACAAACAUCUUAGACAGUCUUCUCUGUAAAUAUGUACCUGUUACAGAUGCAGAUAAAAUACUAAUAUGAACAUCGUAAUUGAUGGAUAAUAAACAGGUAAGUUUAUAAAGUGAUGGGUUGCACCAUCCUGAUCUUGUUCAUGAAUAUCGUGAAAAUAUUGACGAUUGAUGUGAAAAUCUGAUAUGCCACUUCAUGGCAGCAGUUUAGUUCAGAUCAAACUUCAGAUAUUUCAGAAGAAUCUUAUUUUUGUUCUUACAAACUUAAAUACUGCCUCAAGUUUGGUUAAGAAAUUAAAAAAAAAAAAAAAUGUAAAGCCAUCCCUGCCAUAUGCUGCUUUACUUUGAUUUUUUCACAACCAUUUAUGUAAACGACAGCUUUGAUUGCACUUUUCAAACUUAUAUCAAGUGAUUAAUUGGCUGUUAAAGACGCAGAGGUUGUGGUUUUCUGAAUGUGAGCGUCUAGUGAAACCCCUCGGUCACAUGAGCUCAUCAGGUAAUUGUGCCGCAGAGUAAACAAGGUUUACAGGAGCGCCGGCGACAAACAGGGACAGUGUUUUAAAGAAAUAACAAACUCAUGACUAUCAGCGUCUCUGAGAGCCGUAAACAGAUAGUCAGACACAAUCUGCUGGCUGCUGCGUCUCCGCUCACCCUGCUGUGACCGGCCUUUAUUUACUCUGCGUGUGUGCCUGUGUUUCCAUACAGUAGUGCUAAUGAACUUUGAGCCUCGUCUUCAGGCCUCAGCAGCCGCCUCUGAUAGUGAAGACAGAGUCGGGAGGAGGGUUAAUGUUGUUUUCUGCUCUUGAUAGCGCUGUGACCUGACUUCACAGACACAGAGAUACCUGGCACAUACACACACACCCACCCACACACACAUACUGAGUGUGGGCCACCUUAUUGUUGACUGCAGGGCGCGUUGUGCAAAGUCCCAUUCAGAGUGUUAAUGAGGCUAACCUGAAGUUCAGCGACCGGCGGUUCAUUACAGAAAUAACUCUGAGGUCCUCGAGAGCAGUGCAUAAAAUGUGUCGUGUUCCUGUGUGCGUGUGUGUGUGCGCAUGUGUGCGUGGAUACAACAGCACAGCCAGCUAGCCACCAUUUCUAUUUCAGUCUAUUAGUUUGAUGCGGUGGGGUAGCAGACAGUCGGACACCUCUCUGCUGGAGCGAAGGAGGGGAAAAGCGCUAAUGGAUUUACUUUAGUGUGUGUUUCAAGGUGCCAGACAGUGUUUCUCUCCCUCCUCUCUCACCCUCCCUCCCGCCUCCCUCCCACAUCUCAAAGUGGGCUAGGCAGCAGCUCGAGCAUUAAGGCGAGGCAGAAAAAAAAACUACUCUUCCUCUUCCUUUCAUGCUUGGAGAGAGCUGCAGCAUUAAGUGAGAGAGGCAUCAGACUAGUGUGUGUGUGUGUGUGUGUGUAUGUGUGUGUAUGAAUAUGUGUGCGUGUGAGCGUGAUGCACCGCCUUCACACAGUACAGCACACACACAGCGCGCUCCGGCCCCUACAUUAUCCCAAAUGCUGCGGCUGUGAUUGGAGCGGUAAUGUGGUUGCUAAGCAAAUGCAGUUUUCUUGGACUAAAUGGGAGCGGGCAGGACUGCUUCCUGGCUGGUUGGCUGGUGGGCCGGGCUUCAGCGACUCCAACACUAAUGCUGCUGCUGCUGCGUGCUAGCAUGACUUACACACGCGCAUGUUGGAGAUGUUUCACUGCAGCAACCAGACAAAGAUCAGAAAGUGGGCUCUCUUUUAUUUACCUGCAUGUGUUGGGAACAAGAAGACCUGAUUUUCAGAAUGAGGUUUCUUUGGUAAUUGAAUAUCAGACUGAAUGGCAUCGCCUUGCUGCUUUUACGACAGAUUUUGGACUUUUUGAAACCAGUGUGAUGUUUUUAGAAUGAUUGUUUUAAAGACAUGGUGGCAAUUUUUGGAAAUUGUUUAGCUAGAAUGAAAUUGCAUUUAAAUUGAGCAGUUUUGCACUGAAAAGUACCAAAUGUAUCCCACUUUUCCUGGGGCUCAAAAGGUCACAAAACACCCCCAUGUGCUUUGAUAUGACAAAGAAGAGGAAACAGACCAAGCAUUAGAAGUUAUAACUUCCACUAGUUGAAUUUGUCUUGAAUUCCUGUGGUAAAUUUCCCUCGUCUGGAGUUGUUUUUCUCUCGUUGUAACUUUGUCAGAAAUAUUCCACAGACUUCAUGAAGUUUUUCUGUGUUUCAGCGGGGAAAGCAUCACAGUCCAAGUGUUUUGUUGUUUCGCUGAGUCAAAAUCAAAGCAGUGGGAGAAAUUCCUCCCAAAGAUAGCUGACUUUUAACGGUUUGUCAUUUUAGCGGUUGAGGGCGAGAAGACGAUGACUAAACCAUGAGUCCGACGAGUGACAGAACAGUGGUGGGCCACAACAAAGGACUUCAGAUGAUUCAACCAAAGACGCUGUGUUUUUAAAAGUGAACCACACACACAAAUGUCCCACAUUUCAGAUAAUAGAAGACAUGCAAACUCAAAAGUGGAGUUUUCUCACUGUUACAACCUGCUUGGCCAGUGGGUCCAGAAAGAUUCUCCACAUGGUCGGUUUUUUUUUGUCUUUAUUGGUUUAGUAUUAAUGACUCAAACCCAAUCUGGACCUCUGAACGAGUCAAUGGUGUUCUUGUAUGACAAAUCCAAUCAGAGGAAUGUUUCGUGUUAGAAUUAAUGGAGAAAUUUUCAGUCCAUUGACAAAAAUAUCAGCCUAUCAGUGCUUUAAUACCUGCUCAGAUUCUAGCAUUCUGACCGAUUCUUUGUAUUCUCAAUCUGCGUUUGAUUCUGGUCUGAAAAACUGAAGCAGAGCCAAACCUUGCCCUUCAAAUAAAGCAUCUCAUCUCCAAAUACCUGCAGGAAUCUGGUGCAUUUUCUCCCUCAGAGCCCUGCGUCAGGUCUGAGCCUCUCUGUCAGCCAGUGGUCGGCUCCUGUUUCCUGUAAGGUGAGGCGACAGCUCGAGGUCAGCUGUCUGUCAAAGAGUGAGGUGGAGGUGUGAGGCGGCGAGAGGGCUGAUGGGGGGAGGUCACUUCUUGAGGACGGCUUUAAUUAAAGUCUGUCUCGCGGUUAGAACAACACGUACUCAUCAGUUGACCUAAAAGAGCGAUGGGGCUGACAAUUAGCCCGUCCAGAAGUCAGGGGGGGUGGAGACGUGGAGCGAGGAUCCACUUUCAAGCAUGUUUGGAGUAGUAGAGCUGUCGUUGUGUGUAUGUGAGUCUGUGCGUAAGAACAGGGUGUCAUCUACUUUUAGCUUCACUCACAGAGAGUCACAUUUCCUCAGCUUACGUCUGAGAAGCUCCACUGAGGACAGAACACACUCUACCACACUCUCACAGUGUGUCUGUGAGGCAGUCUGAGGAGUAAACACCCUAAAACCCUGCUCUGUCUGUUUGUGGAUAAUUUGUCAUUUGAAUACAAAUAACUGCUCAUUCAGUGAAGAUGCAACAGAGACAAACUCUGAGCUGUGUGUGGUAGUAUUUGGUGUGUGAGAGACUGAAUAGUGGAGCUUACAUUUACACUUCUUUUCCCCACACUGAAGAAAGUAGGUCCUGUAGCAUCAUUCAGAGGAGUGUUACUCGGAGACUAAACCAAAACUGGUGUCGCUUUAAGACAUGAUUCGAAACAGAUUUCUCAUCAGUAAUCAGGAGCUGAUCUUAACGCCAGCUCAUAUCAGCUGAUCACCUCUGAUGCAUCAAUUGGUCAAUGUGAAAAUGGUUGUUCUGUUUGGACUGUUUUCAGCUUGCUUCAUCCAUUUUUGCUAAUUGUCACUGAUGUCUGCUGUGGUCUGUCCUGGUGGAUCUUUGCUGCUGCUCUCCUUGCCUCUCCAAAUUCGAGGAGUGUGUCUGCAAGAAUCUGACUUUAUCCCAAGUUACUUAUAAAUAGUCCAAUUCUUUAUGACUUUGCCUGCUGGUGUUCUCUGUAGGUAUAUGGAAGUCUUUUUCCUUCUCAUGCAGACUUUGAGUAUUGUAACAGAUUUGCAUUGAAAUUCGCAAUUCCGUCAGUCUUUUCUUAUCUCCUUAUUUCGAGGGAAACCAUGGUAUAAAAAUUGUGGCACUGUUCCUUUAAAUGGGUCUUAACAGCACCGUGUAAUGUGGUGCGACCCUGCAGAAGUGUCCUCUGCUGCUGUGUGGAACCUUUCUGUACAAAGUGUGUACAUGACUGUGUGUGCGUGCAUAUGUGUGUGUGUGUGUGUGUGUGUGUGUGUGGGAGGCCUCAUGUGGGCCUGACCUGAUUCCAGCCAAGCAUCGCGUGCCUGACCAGAGCAUCUCUCUGUUCUCGUUCUCUCGUUCUCUUUCCCAUCCAUCCAUCCCUCCCUCGCUCGCCCCGCUCGGCCCAUCCCCUCUCUCUCUCUCUCUCACCCUCUCUCUCUCUCUCUCAUCCAUUCUUCUGUCGCUCUUUUUUUUUCUCUGCUUUUUCUCCCCGCAUUACAGUGUGCCUCACCGCCCAUGCUGCACAGUUCACUUGGACACACUCUUUGAUGCAUGCACACACACGCACGCAUGCACACACACACACACACAGGGUCCCACAGGCUCCCAGCUUACCUCAGUGGAACUGAAGGGAACGAUUUCACAGCAGCUUUAUGGCAGACUAAAUGAGAGUGGCACUGUCUGCUCCACGCUGAGUGGCGGGACGGGAAUAAAGAUUUACAUAUCUGGGUUAAAGUUUGGCAUGGAAAGGAAAUCCUCUUUUUUCCACUUUAGCUAUCAAACCACAUGGCUAUUUUAUCGACUCCUUUAGAAAUAAGUAUUCUGGGAAGCAUCUGAUGUUUACUCGGUAGAAACUGAUUCCUGCAAAGUGCCUGACUGGAUGCUGAAGCGCCAUGAUUGAAGAGUCCUAAAGGGUUGAGUUUGACCUGUCAUCCUGCAGCUGGAAGAGAGCCAACAUGGAGCAGAGGGUGUGAAUACUCAGCCAAGGUUUAUGUUUCAGUGGACAGGUGGAGGGAUGGUAAUUGUGCUAUCCAGGAAGGACUGUAUACUUUAGUGCAAAGAGGACGAGCUGGCUGAGAAGUGCAGCAACAGAGUAUUAAGUCCAGUUAGGACAGUUAUACUUAAACCCAAUCAAGUCCUACUGCUUUAAUAUGUAGAGACUUAGGGAAAUUGUCAACAAGGUGACACACACUGGUGAUAGGUAGUGUUGGAGUGGAAAGGGCAGAACCACUCUGUGUGUGUGUGUAGAGCUUCUGCACUGGGACACCGUUAUCAUGCAGUUUCAAGGUGCAAUGUAUGAGUGCAAAAAUGUAAAUGUUUGGGCUUUAGAGGUUCAUGUUUACCACACUGAAGCUUUGAUUUAGAUGCUGCAAAACUUCAGCUAACAUGAGAGUGCUAUUCUGUGUUUCUAGGUUUAGAAAACAAAUACCAGCUCUCUAAAGUUGGCCCACUUGCUUGCAUGUUUGCCUCUUUUUCAGUGUGGUCAGUUUUGCAGCAGCAUGCAUGCGUCUCUGUUGGAGAGGUUUCUGCAGCCAAAGGUAGCAGCAGCAGCCUGAAAACACCUGUUCAGAGUAUUAAUCCCUUGGGAGGGUUAAAUUGUAAACCUAAUCUUCUGCGAGAAAGAAGUGGCAUCAUGAUAGUACUCACUCUCUUUUUAGCACAGUGUGUCCAAAACCUCUUGCUGAUAUAAGUUUUCUAAAUGUGCCUCACAGGUUGAUUUGAAUGCAUAAAAACUGGAGUACAGUUGUAUAUCUGCGGUCCCUCUAAGCUGCCACUUCCACACUGUGCCUCAUUUCCAGCUCCACAGGGUUUGGACAACCCUCACUCACCGUCCCCCCUCCUUCCCCCACCAUCUUUCAGAGGUUCUGUUGUGGGGAGGGAUGAUCCGAGGCCUGUCAUCCCCAAUUACCCAGAUGUGGGCCUCGGCCGCUCUCCCUCUCGCUAAUCCCUCCUUUCUCUGCCUCUCUCUUUCUCUUCUAUUCUUCUGCUCCGGACACAAAAAGAGAGCGGGGUGAGGCUGAGCAGCGCUAUUGUUUGAGGGUCUGUAAGGGUUAUUAAAGCAUAUACAGUAUGCAUGCUAUAGAGCUCUGCUGGAGGUUUUUGGUCAUCACCUGGUUUUUAUUAUAAUGUACAACAUAAAUAUCUGUCAUAGCUGUUAGAGGGGUAUUAUGAGAGAGAUCAUGUGGAAGAUUCAGGGGUCUUUAAUUACCCACAGCAUUGUGAAAGAAAUGCACUUUGAGAUGACGUUAUGCAGAUUUAAAAAGCUGGGACUGUGACAUGUAGUGAUUUGAAAACAGUUCCCACCAGACAUAAGAAUAUUUCCUCUGUUUGACUUAAAGCAUGAGCAAAAUACUAAAAUUACUGGUGUCUAAAUAGAUCUUAAUCUCUCAGCGAUUUCUUUUUUUAGUGUGAGACUUUUAGCGAGGUGUCACUACAUACACUCAUUUCCUGUGGCCAUGAAGUUGCAUCAGUAUUAGUCAAUCCAAACUGCAUUGAAAAAGCAAGAAUCGAAAUAAUAACGUAUGACUGAUCAGGCCUGUUAAUUGUACUUAAAUCACAGCAACCUAUGGUUGUUUUGUUUGUGCCACGACACCAGACCACAUUAUGUGACUUACAUCAUAACAUGAGGUGAAAAUGAGCUUCUGGUUCAGUUAGGAAACAGUUUUUACAGUUUAAUGUGCUUCAACGAAGUGUUUGUGAGAUCUGUUUGCCACUGGAGGAUUUGGCUGCAUCCCAAAGUUUUCUGACAGACUUAAAACUUGAUGACGUGAAUGCCGUCUUGCGGGUUAAUUCUCCCUUGAGUCUAUGGGAGCUUAAAGAGAGUCUGGUGUCUUUUCCAGCCCUGCCUGGUCUUUAUUUUCAGGAGGAGCACAGAGAAGAGGGUCAGCAGCCUUUGAAACGAAGCAGCGCCCUCUCUCUCUGUCCUUCCUGCUCUUCUCUGCUCUCUCUUACCUCGGGGCAUGCCCUGUUGGAGCUCAGAGCAGUGAUUUGGUUCUGUCUGCAGUGUUGGAAACAACACCGAAACAGCUGCCAAGAACUCUGACAAGCUCAUUAUGUUUCCUUCAAACUGUUAUCUGGUAGUCGACGGAAGAGUUGUGUUUGCCGAACGUAUGAUGCUCAUUUUGUGGGGAGGCCCGUCAUGCGUCGGGGGGGGACCUACUUUUAUCGGCUGACCUACUUCACAGAGCGCUCUGCACUCAUGUUGGAUUGUUAAUUUGGUGCGUUGCACCUCUUUGUGGAUCUUUUUAGCAGCCCUGUGAGGCCGGCCCACACCGGUCAGGGGGGAGAGAGGACCGGCUGCCACCACUGCUGCGUCUUUGAAAACUCUCUCCAAGCUGCUUUUCAGAUUACCAGCGCUGCAAACUAGGUAAUCGCCCCUCAGCACGAAAGGGCUUAUAUACCAACUGCAAAGUACGCACAAUUCAUUUCCAGCGCCACCUCACCCUGCUCGCCGCUCUAAUCGGAUUCUUGUAUUUUUCUGUUUUGUUUUCAGUGUUAUGCGAGUGGGUGCUGUUGUUUAGGUCUCAUUCUCGCUGGAUGCACAGCUCACAUGGCGGCUCUAUAGGAGAGUGGGAGUGUGUAAAAAGUGGGGUGUGUUUGCGUGACCGCUCAUUUUGAGCCUUCUCAGCUUUUUCCUGGUGGCAGGUGGCACCAACAUGGUGUUACACUGCUGAAUGUAAAGCAAAUAUGCAUGAAAGAAAGAGAGAGAUGUUCAGAGAAAUGAUCCACAAAUAAAGUUUGGUGCUGUUAAUCACAGUGUCUAUCAGGUAUUUCUGAUACCUCAUCUGUACCACCUGACUGCCUUGGCACCUUUCUGACAAGGUGUAACUGGGUGUCUAGGGAGUGGAAGUUGCUGUGGAAAACUAUAUGACAAAGCCAGCGAGGUCUGUCCAAAAUAAACGCAGGAUGGGUUUGCCAGUUGAAACAAACAAAAUUGAAGUAUUACGGUAUUUAGUUCAUGCAUGAAGCAUUUAAUCUGAAACAAACCAUUUCAUAACCGUUUAACGGGCCUCUAUGUCGACACGAGCAGGAAAACCAUCGACCAUCAACACUCCUGACUGUUUUUAGAGUCUCCAAUAAAAAAAUUUUGUAAGCCCCUUCCAUGUUUCUAUUAAUGCCAUCAAUAGCAGAAGCAGAAACUUGCAACAUCACGUGACCAUCUAUCCAAAUCCCUGCACAAACCAGCCUUGUCUUGAUUAGAUUGAAAUGUCCUUCCUAAUAGGCCGGAUCGUACCAGUCUUUCCUGUUCGGAUGUUCUGAUGCAGCAUUUUUAUUCCCAUUUACGGAAAAUAAGGGUUUGUAUUUGGUGACAGAAAUGCUAAAAAGCUAUAGUUACUACCACACCCCGCAGUGUCAGGAACAAACGGAAACAUCUGAGAAGUCAAUGGUUUCUUGGUAGCAUCUUGUAACACUGAAGGAAAAUCAGUAACAGAUCAGGUGCAGACGCUGCCAACUACCUCCAUCCAGAUCCCCCACACAGACCACUUCCAGUUGUGUUUUGUUCUUCUUCCUCUGUGUUUUUCUUUUCCCUUCAUGGCAACCACUCUGGCUGCAGGAGAAGAAGAAGUGAUGAUGGUGGUGGAGAGCGGCACAGGAGGGGGUUUGUUUUGGUUCAGAUGCUUGUUGCAGCCAUGGAAAGAGUUAGCCAAUAAAUGAUGGGGAGGUCCGCUACAGUUGUCCUGCCAGAGCUAAGAUCUCCAACAUCCCCCCCUGCACAGAUCUGUGAGAGGGAGGAGUGCAGAAUAACUCUGAAGUUCCACAUGCAGAGCCAACAAGGGGUGCAGUGAUUGGAGUUUUAUGAAAGCCGUUAAGUAAAAUCCCUCUGUCCAACCAUUAGAGGGAUGCAAAGAGAGGCUGCACAAGAGCAUGUGUCAGUCUUCAUUUAGAAAGAGUUUUUCAAAGUGGAGCUGCUUGUUUUGUAACUGAAUCAGGAUUAGAAGUACAGGCAGAAACGCUUGUAUCUGCAGCCUGUACGAUGAGAAAAAACAGUCCUGGAAAAAGUGAGUUUUAGUGGAGUUCUGGCAGAUAACUUUCCUGUUCUGGUGACAACACCCCCUUCCUCCAAUGUUCCUUUCUCAGCUCAUAUGCUUCCCAUCAGGCACAGCCAUCCACAUGACGUCAGUGUGUGUUAUGUGAAUGUGUGUGUGCAGGAAUUGGGAAUGGCAGGGAAACCAACACUGCUUUCCAGAUGUGAGAGGAAAGGAGGGAAAUGAGGAGAACAGAGCUGACAAAUGAGCAAAGAGUUAUACUGGUUCCAGUUUCAGUUUGUCUCGUGGUCACUGGUGUUUGUUGGCUUGCACAGAGAUCAGAUGUUGCCCAACAGCAGCGCCUGACACCCUCCUCUGACCACAGUUUCCUCAUUUGCUCGCUCUGCACAGGAAUCCAUUUUGUAAACACUACUAUUGGGUUUUUUUCUUUUUUUUUUUCUCUGCAUGUACACUUGGCCUUGAAUAUUUUGCCCCCUCCCCUCCUGGUCCUCGCCUCCUUGUCCAGAACAAACUCCUCUCUCAGAGGCCACAACAGCUUCUUUCUAAGGCGCUCAGUUUAAACCUCCCAGCCCCUCCAGAGUGGGCCGUCCUGCAGUUAGCCUCUCUGGAUGCAGCCCAAACUUUCUGUUGGCCUGUUAUUCAACCUGACCCCUCCCUGACCCCGCUGUGGCCCGGCUCUCUGACCGGCCAUUAAAUCCCAAGACGUAAAGAAGGAGUGCUGUGACUCCUGGUCAUUAAAACACAUUUGGGGCAAUUAAACCUGUAAGUGUCCCUCCCUUGAUUACUUCUCAAGAUAGUGUUUGCAGAGAGAGCCUGCAUUUCUGAAGGCCAGACGCAACUACCCCUCCCACACAUGACACCACCCCUUCCCUUUUUGUUCUAUUUUUACAGUUCAGACCGUAAAGUCAGUCAGGAGACAGCUUCGGCUGUUUGGUGGGGAGGUCACUAAGGGUCAUGAACCCUCUGUGACACUUUAAAAUGAGCCCUCAGAGGAAAGUCUGUGUCCACUCCAUUGCUUUAUCAGUUGGUGUCAUUACGACUCUUAACAAGGUACAAACCCACCUUCAUUGUUUGUCAUUAUUACGUGAUUACCUGAGGCUUAUUUGUUACUAACUGAGAAAGUAUCAGAACUAGCAUAAAGUCCGCAAGGUGCUAAAAUUUCAAAAGAAAAUUUCGAGCUGUAAAACAAUAUGAACUGAAUGUAAUCUCUAUCAAACAACCUUCCCAACAGCAGCACUGCAGAAAUACAAACACAAACAUGGUAAUAGGAUGUUUUUUACUGCUAGCUAAGAAAUGUAUAGCAACAGUUUAGCUAGCAGCCCACAGUUUCUGCAUGACCUAAAAAAGACAGUUGGGAAGAUACCAAAUUUUAACAUUAAACAGUUUUAAGGAACAUUUUAACAGUUUAAAUUCACUUAUGUGUUAGUUAGGGACCACUUAAGUAAAAAAAAAUUGACUUUUUUUCAUUUCAUGCAGUAAGUUUAAUUUUGCAGCAGAGGUAGGCAGAGCAACAGCAAAAAACAAAACAAAAACAAGACUCUGUUUAAAGAGCUCACUGUCUUUCAUAAAACCUUAAAACAAGCUAAGCUCGUAUGAAAAGUUUCAGCUAAAGCUAGCAGCCGCUCAGCCUGUAGCCACUGCAGAUGAUCUGCGUGUGUCUAAAAUCAUCCGAGUUUCACUCUUUUUAAAGGUGACACAUUUUCAGUACUUAAAAAAGUUCUGUAAAAGUGAUCAACUCGAAGAUGUGUGAAAUGCAUGGGAAAAAUAUCUGUCCUCAAGUUCAACCCUUAAACUGCUACCUCCAGGCUCCUUUUAUAAUCUGAAAAGUCGUGCGUAGCCCUAACAGUAAAUUCAGAUCAUUAUAGAAAGGCCAUGAUUGUCUGCUGUACCUGGAGUCAGAUUUAAGGCUAGUUUUGAACAGAGGCACUGCCAUUAUCACACAGCCAUUUCACCCUCAUAAAGUCUCUGUUAAGGAGACUGGAAAUCAAACGCGAGGCGGGAACAGAUUUAAAGGACAGGCCAGCCUCCUCAGGUGAUUUGACCGCCGUGUGUCGCUGGUUGGAGCCUUGUUGUCUUAGAUGCAGGGUUUAUAUGGCUCCAGGGUCAGCUGGUCACUGUUUUACAGGGGUGGAGGCUAGUUCACAGCAGACCAGGCCCCUCUCGUGCCAUCUGGUUGCCAUAAAGUGGGCCCAGCAAGCCUGGCUGUUACACCGUUUAAUGGGCCUCUCUGAGGGCCAGAUUAGCCGGGAGAAGAUGUUUGACUUCUGUUUUGCAGCUUGCUCCUCCCCUCAGGACCGCAGAUGAAUUCCUCCUUAAUGUCAGAAGUUUGACUGAGUGUCCGCUCGGGGGUUACUGAGGAUUUUGCAUGAAGUGUCGCUGAUGAUAAGAGCUGCUGUAAUUGUGUCAGUGGGUUGUCAAUGCAACUGACCUAAGCAACUUCACAGAUGUAGUAACCUGCCAAACAGCCGGCUCUCCUUCAUCAUUUAUUGAUUUCUUGCAGCAGAAAAUGUGCUGAAGGUUACAUGGAGGAUGUUGCUGCAAUAUUCAAUAUGCAUCCAGUUUCUUUUUGACGCUGUGCAGAAACAGCUGACGACAGUGAAGAGCUGCUGCAGAGACGUGGAGGAGAUUAUGUGCAGAGACAGGGUCCCUCUUAAUGUUUUCUACUGCUUUCCCAUCUACUCCCCUCAGUCCACGCAGGUCUCAGCAGCAUCAGUUUCAGAAGCAGCGAGACCUUACAUGUCAGAUAAGAGAGUGAGAAAGGAAACAUGUGAGACUUCUCAGCGCCACCAGACCAUGUGAAGGCAGAAAUAACAGCCGGGCCGGAGGAAAGGUUGCAGAUAAAUGAAGCAGUUCCUCAGUCAGACAUGUAUUCUUAACCUCAGACAUAAAAUUACUGAAGGAUUCUUUCCAGAAGCGCCUGCGAGCUUCUAAGAGUACAUUUUUCCUUCACCCAGAAGUCCUCCACGCAGAACAAAUGUGACCAGUCAGAUUUGAUAAGACGCCUGCGGAGGAGCCGACUGUAGUUAGCGGCGCGCUAAAGAGGGAGGCCCAGGGCGAAGAAAGCUGGAGGACAGUGCUUUUGUCCCAAUUACAGCUAAUCCCUUUAGUUGCAGAGAAAGUGGGGACCCCCUGCUAGCUCUCACUACACAGAGGAAGCUAUGCAGAGAGAGAAGCCAAGUGAGGAGGGGGGGAGGGGAGCAACCGACCCCCCGCCGGCCCACCAGAGAGUAGAGAGAGUCAAGAACUAUCAUCUGUCUUUUGUCUUUGCGAUUCAUCUCUCUUUUCAGAUGAAAACGUGCCACUUCUCAGCUCACGCUUGAAAUAUGUUAAGCAGAGAGACAUUAGCCAGACCAAUCCUGUUAUGAGCAUCAGUGCUGGGGGAGGGAGGGGGGGAUCAUGGGGGGGGGACGACAAUCUUCUUAAGUGAUUAAUCAGCAUGUGAAAGUGAAACCUGCAGAGGAAAUUCUCCACAAUGAAUCUUCACCCUUUUAGUUUUUAAUGUUUCUUCUGCUCUGCACGAAUUUCGCAUCAACGGCUGUCACUCUGCUCGAGAAAACGUGCAGAAUCUACAGCCGAAUCUGAUCUAAUAGAAAGUUAUAAAGAAAGUUUCCACCACUUCAAGUUAGGAAUGCUAAAGAAGGUUUUCCACUUCAGAGAGCAGUUCAUAAAAGCACUUGCAGAAACAAAGAUGCACUUUAUGCCACUAAGUGUUGACAUUGUUUUUAGUCAUCAUUAGCAUGGCAAGAGCUGUUCGUCAACUGGCAUCAUUAUGUACACUGUGGGGUUGCAGGAGAAGGCAAUUAGCAGACCCGGGUGUGAAAAACAAACACAUUUGGUGAAGCCUCGUCCUUAUUACCUCAUUAGGUGGUGCAGUGAAGGAGCAGGCUUUUUUUUGCCUCGAGGCCUCUGGCUAUGAGCAGAGAGCGAUGUCAGCGGGGCUCUGCGAGACCGAAAUCCAUAAAAAUGAAAGACAGAAGUGAGGCAUAUUGAGCCGGGGGGUCACAACCUCUCACAGAGCAGAUAAAGUCAUGGCAGAGUUAGUUUGGUAUGCUAGAAGCUAAUGUGUGUGGGUGCUUGCACUCAGUAUGCAUGAUUAAUCAUUAGUGCUCACACUCAUGUGGGUAUCUGCCUGUGUGUGUGGGUAUGUGUGGGUACUUGGCAGGGGGUUAAAAGGGUGUUUAGAAGGCUGAUACCACAACGAGGACUGAUGCGUCUCUGAGUGAAGCUUCUUUUAGCAGAAAGUUUGUCUCCUGAAGACGACUUAUGUGACAAUAAUCCACUGAUAUAAUGGGGCAAUUUAGUACCUUUAAAACCAGGGCAUUUUUAAUGCAAUCAGGUAUGUGAUCACUGGGGUAUCAAACAUUGAAGAAGGGCUCGUUCACAUCUCUCCAAGCUGCAGCAGAGAAACGGCCCAAAAUGUGUGAAUCAUGCGCAACUGCACCUAAUUAAAUAGCAUUCAGUUUAUAUUCUCAUUUUAGUAGCUGACAGGUUCAUGUUGUCAUAAUAAAGGAGGGCUGGGCGAUAAACCGAAAAUUUACAGAUUCUUAAAUUUACGACAAUAACCAAUCAUUUUGCCCGUAUCGGUAUAUUUGGUUACAAAAAACUAAAUAAAAGUUGUUUUUGGAUGUGUGUAGGUAGGCUAUGGUCUCAUGUUCCUUUAAGACGCCGUCCUACCUCGGAGAUGUGACUCCACCCCAUCCAGUCUGUAACAAGGCGGGAAAGACAGGUGAGGAGAUGGAGGACAGUUCAAAAGUUGUAGUGGCGGCUGGAGUAGACAAAGUUAAUGUGGGAGGGGGUGAGCAGCUUGUGGAGUAGUUAUCGUUCAUUUGUCGUUAUCAAGGUGAAUGGCUCAAUAUAUUGUGAUAUUGAUUUGAGGCCAUAUCGCCCAGCCCUGUAUUAAGGGUUCAGAUGCAUAAAAAUUGGGCUAAAGUAAGAGAAAAACCCUAUGUGGUUAUAUAGUUGUGCAACUCUCUCAGAUUUUGGGCUAAGAACAAUAAUACAAUCGUACAAAGUUUUCAAGGUCGUGUUUGCACAGAAACUGGUAUGUUUUGAAAUGCAAAACGACUUCUUUCCUGUGCAGUCUGGAGUCUGAAAAAAAAAAAAGUAACAUUCCAGUCAAAGAACUGUGUCCAGCUCUUUUGCAGAAAGAUUUAUCUUUGUGCAUAUUCUCUGUUUAAAGGUGUCAGAUACUUCAGAUUUAUAUCUGAGCCUCCUCUAUGAUAUGUGUCAGUCAUUCAAGCCUCAGAGGCUGAGUAGCUGAAGGCUAGCAUGUAGUCUCAUUAAAAGAUGCAAGAAGGUAAUUUGAGGCAUCAUUGCCCCAAACAUACACCCCCCUCUGCCUUCUCCUCCUCAGUAGGGUCCUCCUUCACCCUGCACCCCUACCUUACCGCCCCACCUUGUGCCCCCUUUCCUUUUAUAGAAAGAGAUGGGGCAGCGGGGCCUUUUUAUGAGCUGCUGUUCACAAAACAAUUACUGCGCUUUAAUGAGGCUGUCUGGAAUUUCACAGGCCCCCUCCGCUGUGUCACUUAAGCCGAGCUCAGGAAAAAUAUAAAACCACUACAGAGAGCGGAGGCCGCCCGCCUUUUAGAUGGGAGGAAAAAAAAAAGUACCUUUCACAUUUGUGCUGUUUCACGGAAAUACUAUUAAAACCCCUGCUCUGCUCCCUAAACAAGAAAACUCUGAGCUAAACAAAGCAUAAGAUGCUUUUUGAACGCUUUAAAGAGAAAUUGAAAUGUGUUUUAACGUCAUGAAUUCCUGAGCAGUCACACCUUGGGGCCCCCCGAGCUGCGGAGGCCCAGUAUGCACACUGUCUACAGUUUCUGUGGGAAUUACAAAUGAUGAGAGAAAGUAAUGAUGAGAGCAGUAACUCUCACACACGCUCUAACGAGGCUAAUUUCAAUUAAAAUGAAAUUAAGCCAUUCCUCAUUUUGCUGGAAUCCUCUAAACGACCACUUUGUGAACUGAAGCUUUACUGUGCAAUUAUGUUUCUAUGAUUUUAUGAACCACUGAAGAUUAUUUGACUAACUUGUCACUCUCUUUUUUCUUCUUCUUUUUCAUGUCUCCGUGCUGCUUCCUGCCGCUGCUGUUUCUCAUCCGUAGGUGAGUCGAACUAUCUCUUCUCGUCUCUUUCAUGUAUCAGCAGCUGCCGUCACAACAGCGGCUGUCCUUUUUUCACCCUGAUAACACACCACACAUGCUUCCUUUCACACGAUGAUGGCUUACAUGCAGCUGCAGUAAAAACACACUCAGUCUGUGCAGGUUAGUCAUGUUACAUGUGCUGCAUAAUUGCAAUUCUACGGCAGCAGCAGCUCCACUCUCCUGCAUGCAGGGUACCGCUGUAAGAUGAGGUUUGUUUCUGAGGGAGGAGCUUUAUCACAGGGAGGGGAAGGGUGCGGUAGUGAAACCCCCAACGUAGACCGACGUGGGUUUAACCAAAAUGGCCGCCCACCACAGGCCUCUGUGAGAUGGAGCAGGGUGUAACCACUCUGCUGCUCUCACAAAGCAGAGCUGCAACCUACAAACUGAAGCCUGUGCUCGCAGCGGGGAUUUGCUGAGAACAACCUCAUGUCUUGCAACCUCAACAAGACAUCAACUUUCAGUUUGAGUCAGCCAGCUCCAAAAAAACCACAGAGCUCUGCACCUCAGCCAACAGUCACUAUUAUUAUGAAGCUGUGCUUUGUUCUCUUCUCAGUAACCUUCCUGCUCACCUAUCGUCCAUUCUCGCCUCUGCUCUCCACAUUUCAGAGGAACACAAGUUCAUCUUUGACCUGAAAACACACUUUAUCUUGAGAUUUACUCACCAAAAUAUUUAAUGUGAUGACAAUUUCACUUUUAGUCAUUCAUUAGUAUUAAAUUCACCUUUUCCCAGAGCCCAAACUGAUAUCUUAAAAUAGUUUUUUCCCUCCAAUCUGCAGCUUCGAACCAAGAUAAAUCUUGAUUUUCCCCAACAAUGCAGAAGUAGAGCGUCAAAUCCACACUAGACCUGGAAGCAGCAAUAUUUCAGAUUUUUGCCUGAAAGUGUGAAAUGGUCCAAAUGCAAAAAUUCCUAAACUUACAAGUACACACCAGGGUCAGAAAUCUUGAUUCCUACAACUCCCACAACACAACUUCUCAGCUUUUCUUCCAUGCAGCAGACAUACAGAGGUGGAGCUGUCUCAGCCUUUGGGAUAAGACAGCUGAAAAACAGCGGAGCGCCCCUUUAAAGAGGCGUUAGAUUUUGUAAGAAAGGGGACUGAGUUUACAGAAUCCAUAUUUAGGAAACUUUUAUGUUCAAGUACCUGGACAUGAGAGGAAGAAAUCGAUGCUUUGUUUCUCUUCUGCUUUAGUGGGUUUCCAGUGUGUGUGUCUGUGGGAGGAGGUUGCUGGAGUCACCUCCUCUGCACAGAAACAAAGUUUUCUCAGACUUGUUUAAGAUUUAAAUCCUCCUUUUGGUUCUGCACCAAAGGAAGUAGUAGAAGAAGAAGAAGAAGAGAAGGAAGAAGGAGAAGAAGAAUAAAGAGUGGACGCUGUCCUCUCAGUGUGGAUGGCUGCUGCCCUCAGAACAAAGACCCAGCCGUCCACCACUUGGGAAUAAUGCAGCGGCUCAUCUGUGAGAGGGGGGAGGAGGGCACGGAGGUCAAGGGUCAGGCAGGCUCUAGUGUGUGUGGCGUAGAGUGGUCUGCGUCCUCCUCCAAGGAAUGCAAAUGAGUUCUGGUUGCGUUGAGCCCGAGGACUUCUAGUGUGUGUGUAUGCAAGUCUGUGUAUGUGUGUGUGUUUGUGGAAUGGGAGGGGCUUCCCCAGGACAGAGGUGAGAGGUCAUGUCCUUUUCUGUGGACGAACAGGAACAGAGAGAGAAAGGUGAGAAACAGUCACGGCCAACGGGCACAUUCAUAUUUCUCAGUUGGCUCUCACCUUUUUAAAUGAAAGGGAAUGUCCAAUAAGUACAUCUUCCAAAAUGACCCAUCCUCAUUCAAAUCAUAUCACUCACAACACGCCUGAAUUUUCAGUUAAUGUGUCCUGGACUGCUGUAAAUUUUACUUUGGGUAUGGUUAAUAUGUAAUAUAACAUCUACGAUAAAUCUUAAAUGUGUGAAACAUCAGCAGUCACUCAUUUUCCUAAAGGCAUAUCUUGAUAGUCUGCACACAUUUGCUGAAUGUGGUCAAGCCUUGUAGGACAGACUGCUGUGCAAGAGAACACAUGCAGUAUGCACACAUCAUAACAAGCUAAGCUGGCGAUUUAACUGCUCAAUGUGGAUCGCUCGAAGGUUCGGCUUCAAAAGAUGUAUGCUGCUCAAGACGCCAAUUUGCAAUGCAUUUCACCCGCUGCAUAUUAACCUCUGCAUAGAUUAUGAAGAAGAUGAAAAGCAUCAGGAGUCAGGGAUCGACUGCCAUGAGACAGAAGAAGUUUGGUUUGGUCUGUCAGUAAACGGAUGGCAAGAAUUAAGAAGCACCAGUAAUGUUGCAAAGUAUAUGGAGCCAAAUCACUGUAAAUGUCAUCAGAUAUCAUUACCAACAUCUGAUUUAUGUAUAACAAGAGCAAGCUAGUGCAAGACGAGACUUUCUCGAAAACCUUUUCUAGGGAUUGUCAUUCAUAGUUAUAGUCAAAAUCCCACAAAUAUGGAUAUAUUGUCAUCUUCACACCAUGCACUGCUGUAGUAGUGCGCCAAUCAAAUUUCGCAUAAUGUACACUUCUUCAACAGAAAUGUCAAAGUGCAAGAAUCACACGUGAGCUUCUAGUUCUUUUGGCUCUGCACUAGGUCUGAGCAAACUUUUCAAACACAUAAUUCAAACGUGAAUCAGCCAUGCUGCUAGGACACAAAGUCUACAAGACAAAUGAUGCAUCUUGAGUAAUUCUGGGAUAUGACAUUUUUGGGUUAGCAGCCAGAUUAUUUUCAUAGUUUUGAUUGGCUGAACAAAAGACAGUUGCAUGGCAGGCCUGAGUUUUGGGGAGCGGUCGGCGUGUCUGAAAGUGUUGUCAAGUCGAGGUUGAACCAAACCAGAUGCAGAAGUUUGUUUUGACUACAAGCUGCUAUUUUGAUCACAGCAAAUCUGAUGUUUUUGUGGCUUCGCUUCAGAGUAAAGUGUAUUAAACUGAGUCUGAUGCUCUGCGCAAACACAAACUAUAGACAUGAUAUAAAAGUUCAUAUCUAUCACACAUGACUGGACAUGACAUUUCAGUGGGAAACCCUGAAAAAAACUGAACCAAAGCAGCGUAAACUCCAUCAGACAGCAGGAGUCUGCUGUGCUCACUGUUUCUGUUCCAGCUCGACCAGCAGAGACACGCUGGGGAGGAGAGAGAGAGAGAGAGAGGGCAGGAAAGAGGAGGGAAACUGUGUGUGUGUGUGUGUGUGUGUGUGUGUGUGUGUGUGUGUGUGUGUGUGUGUGUGUGUGUGUGUGUGUGUGUGUGUGUGUGUGUGUGUGUGUGUGUGUGUGUGUGUGUGUGUGUGUGGCGGGCGGCACGCCCUUGCAGGUUUCUCUAUCACUCAGCUUCCAUUAAUUUUUAAUUGCUUCCUCCGCCUGGCACACAGCUCCACUUCUCACUCAGCGAGCAGAAAGGAGGAGGAAGGACUCUCCAGCAGAGGAGAGGGGAAGGAGAGAUGAAGAGGGAGAGGAGAGAGAGAGACAGAGAGAGAGAGAGAGAGAAGGGGAGAUAAAGACAGAGUGAAUUUGAGAGGAAAUGUCACCAAAAAAUGAGCCAGAUUUUGCCCCAGUCUCCAUCAAACCUCUUACUGUCCUCCUGCUCCUCCUUACCUCCUUCUGCUCUAUCUCCUUCUUUCCCUCCUUCCUCACUUUCCUUCCUCAUCCUCCCUGAGCCCAUUUCUCUCCUCUGCUGUAUUUGGACUCCUUUAUCACUGCUGGUGAAUAAAUGAAAAGCAGGAAACCCAAAGCCUUUGAUGGGAAACAGUGGAGUUUCAGCACACUCCACACUUCCACCAUCUCUCCCUCCAUCCCCCCUUCACCAUCCUCUCUCCCCUCUCCUCCUCCUCCUCCUCCUCCUCCUCCCCCUCUCUCUCUCUAAAUUAAACAUCAAAGGACAGCCCUCCACUAGGUGCUCUCACUCGCCCGCAACGCCAGCGAUGCCACGGUGCUUUUUCCUUGUUUGAAAGUCGUAUUUCACACCCAAUCUCACCCUCUUCUGCCUCUUCUGCUGCUCGAGUGCUCUCUUCACUUUUCAAGUGUGUGAGUAGGGAUGGGGGGGCUGAGGGGGGGGUGCUGAGGCUCGGAGGUAAAAGGACCUGAGGAGUGAGAGGAAGAAUUCAUCAGGGUCUCAGCUCUGCAUUCAUGAUGUUGGACGUAGACUGAGGUAUUGGUGUCAUAUAGAAAAUACGUCCCAUCAAAACAAGUGAAGUAAUCCAUAAGGGGUUGAGUCCAUUUUUAAGAGCAUAACAUGUGAAAAUUCUCUUAUUUCAGCUUCCUGAAUGCAAAUAUUUUCCACUUUUUCCACUUAUACUGAAAUCGGUUUUAUUAACCAGCUUUGAAAGACUUCACUGAACGUCUGUGAUCACUUUCUGAUGGUGGUUUGCUUUAAAUAAACUGGAGCUCUGUGCUGGCCACUCAGGGAGGGCGAGAGCGGGAUGAGGAGUGGAGGAGGGAGGGGAAGGCAGGAUGGUAGAACAGCUGCACUCCUGGCUAGACUGCCAAAAGUUAUUGUUAAACUCCAGACCAGAGACUCUGUCCAUCAUCCCCCCCAUCUUUCAUCCAUUCAUUCCUGUCCGCGCGAAAAAGGGAAGGAGACUGAAGCAGCAGCAGAGAAACCGAACAGGUCAGCAGCAUGAGACCAAGUGAAGACGACUUUUUACAGGAAUGAUUGACCUCAGAUGGACGUGAAUGACGUGCAUGAUCGUGUCCUAUCCAAAUGAAAUGAAAGCGACCUUGUCUUUUCCAAACAUCACGAUAAAAAAGGUCUCUACAGGUCGCCUCUGCUUCCUUUUAUUCAGCAGCCUAUCCUUGAGUAUUUAUGUUCAGGUAAAUGGAGCUGUAGGAGUAUAGCUGUAUGAGCAUAGUUUUCAGUUUCAAAACCAAUGUGCAUAAGAUGAGUGUGUGCAGGUUUGUCAGUUCUCUUUAAAGUUUCAACGUGGAUUUAAAUAUGAACAGAUAUUUAAACAUGAACACAGAAUCUUGCAGCAAGAAAUAAAAGUCUGACAGUGUCUAUUUUUUUGCCCAAAUCAUCUGUAAUAAUCUUGUUUGAGGAAAUGGUUAGUUAAAUGCAGAAAAAAAACCAGACUGUGGAGUGCAGAUUGUGAUCUAGAAGUCCAGUGGCUAUGCCUGACUCUAAUCAAGCUAAUUUUUAAUAUCCAAGAACAGAUAUCUGCAAAUGAGAGCAUGUGACAGAUGUUUCCUGAUCUCUGUCUCCACUCUGGCAUUUGAAGCUGCAGAACAAAUAGUGUUAAGAAGACUUCUAUAUUUAUGCUCUGUGGUGAGAUUCUGAAUGCUGCUGCAAAAUAUUCACUUCCUACAAGUUCAGUCCCAAAAUAAAAGAGUCCGUUUUAGCAUGCAGUUCGGUUACAGGAGUAGAGGUAGAGUUGAGAGGAUAAAAGAAAGACACAGAGAGGAAGAGGAGGAGGAGGAGAAGGAAGAGGAGGAGGAGGAGAGAGACUGCUGGCUCCUUGCCAUGCCCUCUCACUGUGACCUUCCUCGUAAAUAGCUCAUAUGACUUUUUACCCCCCUCCUCUCUUUUUGCUCCGAUGGGAGGAAUAUAGAGAAAGCUGAGAUGGAUUUAAGCACCGCAACAAGCCCCCGUUUUAUUUCUGUCAGUCUCUCUUUUUAUAACAAGAAAGCCAGGUGUAGCAGACCCUCAUAAACACAAGCUGCCAGCAUCCUGACCUCCCCAUUCAUCCUGUUCAGACUGGGAAGAUGAAAAGCUGCAGAAGCUGCUGCAAAAAAGAAACCGUGUUUGUAAAACGUCAACAUAAAGAAGGUUUUUUUUUCAUCGCUCAGGGUUCAGGGCUGAUUAAAAUAUGUGACAUUUCUAAGGUCAACGACCGAGGACAGCUUCCAGAGCUCAUUUGACUGUUAAAUAGAGCAGUGUUGCAAUUAACUAUUCCAUAAAUUGGUUUGCCAAAUUAAAUUGGCAGAGUGUAACAUCAAGUCUCCAUGGAGACGGGCCGAUCCCUUCACUUUACUCCCCGCUGCAAAACAGAUGUAGGUUUGUGUAAGUGGAAACGAGCUGGACUCAAAUCAAGCUCUCGCACUCCAAAUUUACAGCUGCCAUUAAUGUAGGCAGGCUGGCAUCAUAUCACAGCAGCGUUACAGAGCUUCACUUUACUGCAGCGGCCAGAGCCAAGUCUGUAUGAGCAGAUCCUGAGGAGGACGGCGGUGGAAACGAUCUGUGGGUUUUUUAAAUGCUGCACUUACACCGCAGGAACUCAGGACUUUAGACGGUACUCUGUACAUGAACAGGGCAGGGACCAGGGUCUAAACAUAGUCCUCAGGCUCUAUUUGAACCUCCAAAUGAUUGCAGCUCUAAGGGGAGGUUCUUUCCGAAGGCACGUAGACCGUCAGGAGCUUGGCAGACUUUUAUUUCCUGUUUUAAAUUCACACAUAGACCGACCGAGUUCUUCUCAUUUUGGGUCUGCAUGUUGGAGAGGUGGUUGUGACAGGACAUCCUGGAUGCUAAUAAUCAAAUCAAACUCAGUGAGGAUCAAUCACGUCAAUAGUUAUCUGCAUGCAGUAAAGUUGGAUCUUCUCUAAGAGCUACUGCCUUUAAUCAAGCAUAUGUGGGAUGCGAAAGCCUGAGGAGGGGAGAGCAUACUCCUGUUUUAUGUGCAUACAUGAAAAGCCAAGGCAGACGGAGGAGCAGCAAAGACUCCUAGGUUACAGAACUGAGCAGACAUCAGCGACAAGCCAUAUCACACCGGCGAAAUCAGCCUUAAAAAGAGGAGCUGAAGUGGAGGCAGGUUUGCAGAGGAAGCGGGAAGAGUAGGCUGGAUCAAGCAGUUAAAAUAGGACUAACAUUUCCAAAGUUAAUCAGCUGAGCAGUCAGCUGGCUCAGAGAUCAGCUGAUGUACUGUGGGCUGAGCUGGACUUUGUUUUUUUUAAUCCUUUAAUUUAUUGAAAAAUGGCCUCUUACACUGUAAGUCCCUGCUCAUUUUGGAGGAAAUGCAUCUUUAGACUGAAAAUUCAUUUUUCUGCCUCCGUCCCUCUGCUCUCCCUCUCUCUCUCCCUCUCUCUGUCUAUGUCACUGCUGGCCGAGGCAGAUGGCACGUGGAUUGUGAAAGGGCAGCACCCACCAACCCGGCAGCCCCCACCUGGGUGCCACCUGCUCCUCUUGUCUGUUUGACCCUCCUGCCAUCCACACACACACACUGAAACGCUCACACACUCACCAAAGAGUACAUGACUAAAGAGCCGAGGGAUAGAUUAUACACUUAUUCAUUUCCAGGCUCCACCAACCAUCCUGCCCACUCUUCUUUCAGAAGCUUUAAUUAAAAAGUUUGUGCAGACAAAAGACUCUAAAUCAUCACAUCAGAAACUGUUGAAUUUAAAGAAAUCCCUCUCCCACAUUUCUGGUCUUUUACUCCUGCUCAGCCUGCGGUCGUGUCCAGCAGCUGUCUGUGCUGCAGCCUCACACACAUGCUGCUAUAGGAGACUUAGAGGAUGACCUAUAUACAGUAGUUACAGUAGCUAUAGUGUGCAGUAGUGAUGAGUAGAUGUGCAUGUUGUCUGUGACUCACACAUUGUCCCCCUUAAAGGCUUUGUCAUCCAGGAACAGCCCUAUAGUGAACACCGGGGUCCUUUAUGAGACUUACAAUCAUGACAUCUGCCUUCCACGCACAACGACAAAACUACACACUCUGAGGGGAGGGUGAGGGGGAGACGUCUGCAUAUGCACAUAUAGUGAGACAUAAAAGGGCGUACUGCUGGUUAGUUUUCUGUCAGCCAUCAUUCAUUGAGAAAAACAGGGUCUUUGCUGCUGCUCUCCCUGCCUUGGCUUUUCAUAUCUACUCGACUAAAGGAGAGCUUUCAGAAUAGAGUAAUAAUAUGACGGCCUUGAGGAUUUUCUCUGACCUUCAUGCCGAGUUUUUUAUACUUAAUGGGUAUUUUAAUUGACCAUAACUGCAAUCAUAUAAGGAAUUCACAUUUUGGUUUGUGUUGGCUCGGUCUCAGCUCAAGUUCUUGCAUCUUUUCAGUCUCAAACUACUUCAAGUCUUCGGAUUUUAAACUGUUCAGAAAUGCAAAAUUUGACAUCUCUUUUAGCUUUGGGAAAUUCUUCGGAGGGUUUUCACAACUCUCAACGAUAUACCCUGACGUUAAUAACAUUUAAAAGGUUUUAAGAUGAUGAAAACAAUUAGGAGAUGAAGCUUUUUAAGGCGGUUUUACAGAAAAUAUCUCAGUCUUGAGGAAUUUUCUCAAAGGAAGUUUGUGUAAACCUUCGGUCUGACACGAAGAUGUGUACGCCUACAACUCUCAUCGUCCUUGUCUUCUUAGCCGACAGAAGUUCCUUCUUUACACGCCCAUUUUUCUAGACGAAUACUGAUCUGUAUCUCAUGUUGACAUGCUAGUCAAGCAUGUUACAAACUUCAUUCUCAUGAGUCUUUCAGGUCCUUUCGAGUCCUUUUUGCAGUUUACACUUUUACAUGGGGUGGGGGUGGUGUUGUUGGGAGGGGGGGUUGGAUUACCUCAGUGUGGGCCUUGAAUAAGACUGCUUGUUCCAAAACAGAUGUGCUGUGUUUCACUCUCUCAGAGAGAAUGAGCUCAUUGUUUACAGUCCAACCUGGUGCUAAUUUUUUCUGAAACGCUAACAGCUGCCUAACUGCACCCCCCAGCCUGCCUUGAUAUCGCCCCCCUCAGCCUCUGAGUGUGUGUGUGUGUGUUUGCAUAUGUGCAUUGGCUCCAAAAAGACCGACAAGGCACUCGAUGAUUGCCACCCCCCACUCAGAGCACCAUCAGCUCCAUCCCCAAAUCAAAUCUACGCACUGAAAUCGAUCGGCGUCACUGCUCCCUGCAGCCGCUGCACACUCACCAGUGUUGGGUUGCCUACUUAAGCCCCCCUACCCAGAGCUGGAAAAGGAUUGAGUCAGAUCACGUUGGGGGACUUUAUCCAACACACACAAACACUCGCAUACACACACUCACUCAGUCACAUCCAACUGUGGCUGCACAAACCCAGGUUUGGUGUGUGUGGUCGUGCAGCGGUUGCAAGCGAAGCGACAAAUCUGCAGCGAGCGUGCAGCCAGUUUUCAGAGGUUGAUGAUCUUCUGACACAUGCUUUUAUGCACACAGCCCUGAACACUGUAAGAGUCUAAGACUGUUUCUCAUGACUAAUCCAAUUAAAGGGAAAAAACAACAACGUUUUCAACAAUUUACACAGCUGUAUUAUAGGGAUAGACCAAAGCCAUGCAUGGGAAUAUUAAAGAGAGCUUAUCGAGAAUAUUUGCAUGUAAUUUUCCUUCUAUCUAAACUAUCAAUCGUGGCAAAAACUUUAAAAAAUGAUUCGCAGUGUUUCUGUGAAAAGAGGAAACACUGUUUUCAUGAGGAUAAUACUUUUUGUAUUUGAUGAUAUUUCAUGACCCGAAUUAUCACAAAAAAAUUAUUAAUUUCAAUUUUAUUGUACAAUAACUAGUUUCAUGAAGAUAUUGUACGGUCUGGUCUUCAUUGAGUCUUAGUUUAAGAAGUCAGAGCUGUGUGCUGUAGGAGAGUGAACACAGGAGAGGAAAAGUGAAAGGAUAAAUCGGUUGAAGGAUGGUAGUUGUUCUCCCUUUAAUUGAGUUAAGUGGUCUUAUUAGUCCUGGACCAUUAGCACCUUGGCUUGUGCUAAUACACACAUCUAUCUGCACUCCCUAUCCGCCUCCGUGAGCACGCCUUUGAACUUUGACUCAGUUUUCUAACGUAUUCUCUGUAAGGCUAAGACCUGUGCGUGGUUUCACCUCGACGGCGGCGGCGAGACGUGCGAGUUUCCCUUCCUUUAAAUGUAUUUUUUAUGGGCUGCAGAGACGUAGAGAGGAGGCCGGGCUCUUGUUUGUGGCGAGCUGUGCAGCUAAAGACAGUUUGAUGUUAAUUUUCCUGCACUUAAGCCCACAGGCAGCUUCCUUCCUGCCUCGGCUCUUGAUACAUUUUUCAUUUUUCUUGUGCCUUUCUUCUCCCUCCCCCUUUCUCCUUUCAUUGUGAUGUUUUCUGCCUCUGAGUUUUUGUCUUCCUGCUUCUUUCUUUUGGGACUUGAGUCUCCCUGCAUGACGGAACAUAAUAAAGGGAAAGGUGAAGUUGAGGAAAUGUAGGUUUCUGGUUUUUGCUGCUGCGCACUCUUUUUUCCCAUCUCACCAUACUCUUCUUUUUGUUUGUCCUCUGUAUGAAAGACUAGCCUCCAUACAUAAUGGGCCAGAUUAAAUGAUGAGACUGUACAAUGACAAAAACUGAAGAGUUUGGAGCUGCAGAGAGGAAGGAGGGGGAGCUUGUGGAAAAUCUCCAGGCCUGCCAGUUUUAACUGGUACAUUCUGGACUCUGGACGUAGCUCUUUUAUUCCCCUCAUCCUCUAAGAGAAAGACAGAUGUUGUGCCGCUCUGCUCUCCGGCCUAAGCUCUUUCCCCUCUGUGUGUGACCUUUUGAGGUGUCUCUGAGGGCGAAUUAGCCCCCAAAAGCUUGAAUAUUUGGCGCCACUUCUGCAACUUCCAGGCCUCGUGUAAAACUGAACAAAAGAGGUCAGGGAAUAAGAGGGGCCGAUGCUGUGCUUAGACCAAAAGGAAACUAAUCUAAGCUUCGCCUCACUUCAGGAAGUUGAUGCAUGAGAUAAGUUUAUUUUUUUAAUCUGUGUGAAAAAGUCAUAAUAACACAGCCUUGGUUUGAGUAGGGCUGUAAAGUCCUAGUCGACUGGGCGACUUAUUGGUCGAUAACUGCUGAGUCGACUAAAAUUCAGAUUGGUUGACUCGAUUUUUUUCUGCGUCAAUUUACAGUCCAUGGUUAAUUUCAUCAGGAGAAACAUACCAAGUGCUAAUGGGGGUGUUUUCAGAGCAACCCUGUUUCACAGGGAACAGCCUCUCUCAGAACACCCCCCUGGUUUUCAAGAUGGAAGAUUGAAAAGUGCCAGCGUUAAUCAACAUACGGUGGUUUGCUGAAUAUUUAUUUUUAUUUUGAACUUUCAUGUGAGUCCUCCUUUACCGUCCACGUCAAAGACAAAGGCAUUACCUCCUUGUGCUAAUAUCAGUAUAUUUUCACCCCACCAAGAGUCGAUUUCUGGUCGAAAAUUUCAGGGAUUUAGUCAAGAAUUUCUUUGGUUGAUGACAGCCCUGGUUUUGAACACACCAUGAAAACAGAACCACUGAAUUCUGCUUUGUCUAGGGCUGAAACUGAUCACUGUGGUAGUUGAGCUGCAUCCUCAUCUAUAGCAGUUUUAUGUGUCUGAAAAUUUGCAUCGAAUUAAUGUGAUGCAAAUCACAAGAAAUCAUGCAGUAAAUGCAAACGCUGGUUUACUAAAGAGUACAUAAACAAUGAAAAUGGUGAUUCAAUUGAAAAGGUAAGAAGUGAAGCCACCAAAGAUGGCCUUUCUAGCUUCCUCUGGUGGAUCUGUACUGUGACUCUACUUUCUCACUCAUUAUCAGCUGUGUUGGCCGCUUUACAUAUCAACAGAUGCGCGAUCUGGAUCCAUUGGGUCUUUACACGCGCUGUCUUUUUUUCAUUUUUUUUUCGUCCAGUUGUCUGUGCACAUUGUGUCCCCAUCAUGAGCUUUAGUUUUUGUACCCGCAGCAGAAGGCCGGCCAAGUCCCCAGCUCAGAUUAAUCCUCAUGUGCUCAAAAACAUGAGCUCACUGAGAGGAAACUGCACACAAACACACAUCCAGCUGAUAUGAAAAGUCCCGCAGUUUGAGCUUUAACUGAUAAAAGUCCGAUUGCAGCGAGGGGGACUUUAUCUGCACUUUCUCAGCAUUGAAACCACAGCCUGAAAAUUCAACCUUUUAUUGGGAGGAAUUUAUUAUUUUUUUUCUCCUCUGCAGAAACAGAUGAAAGUAACUGUGUGUUCCUCUGCGCAGCAACAAAACAGACUGUGAUAAGUCUGUCUGGGAAUCUCGUCUCUCAGCCUCAGACAUAACAGAUGAGUGUGAUGUGAGAUUGGAAGGAGUCAGAGGAGGUGGAGGAGGAGGAGGAGGAGGAGGAGGUGGGGGGCGUCACAUAGUUUACCAAAUGCAAUUAUGUAACUGUGUCAUGGUUUCAGGAUGAGGAUGGGGAAAUGAGGAGGGUGGGAGGCGUCUGGACCAGGGAACAGAGCUCAUACUUAACAGGAAGAAAAGGGUCAUUGAGAAGAGAGCAGUCAAGUACAACACGAUCUCAGGCCCAGAUCAGACUGCAGGAGGUUUAAAAUCCCAAACCCCUUUUACAAAACCAGGUUGAAUCAGGGGCGCAGGGAGGAACUUUAGAUAACCUCCUCUAAAAACUCAAACUAGCGCACUCUAAAAAUGGAAAGGCGGAUGCAUUACUCACUGCAGGAUGUUAUUAAGACUGUGUGUGUGCGCAGGAGAGAGCAUCAAACCGUCUCCCGUGAUCUUGUAAGAGCAGGAUCUUGUUUAAACUUGCAUUGUGAAGCAAAAUGAAGACGGCUAGUGAUGCUCUGAGGAGGGAAAAACCAAAAUGAGACAAGAGACCCUGUCAAAGAGGUCGUCUAUCUCUGAGCAGAAGCUGGGAUUGAGAUGCUGCCUUUCCCUGCUCAGAAAGUGCUGAUGCAACCGUCCAGAUAUGAAAUCCCACUUAUGUAUGACAUGUUUGAAAUUAUAAGAAUCUGCUAGCUGUUUGAGCUCAGAUUAUCAGAUAAUCUGCGUCCAGCACUGGUGCAGUCCAAAAGCCGAGUUAGGCUCUUCCUGAGAGUGUGGCAAGGAGUGCAUGAGCUCUGAAGUGACCCAAACUUCUCUCUCAUGAGUCUAGGGCUUAAAGAGUCUGGAUGAACUGUUUUAUAUGGUGGAAAAAAUCGAAAUCAAAGCAGGAAAUCUUAUUAGGAAAUGAGCAGCAGCUAAAAAAGUCCCACCAAGUGACAUUUUCUGUCUGUAGCUGCUUUCUGUUAUAUCUCAUGUUUGUCGUUUUCAAAGAGAGCAAUCGUAGCUGCAGGCUUUUGUCAUUGCGCCGGGUUUAAAAUUGACUGCGACAGACCGGACAGAGAGAUGAGCGAUCGAGGUUAGAGGACAUGUAAAGAGAGAGAGAGAGACAGCUGACAGAGUCCAGAGACAGCUGAUGGAGGCUGUGACGUAUUCUGUCUCUCUGGCUCUUGUCUGCGUGUCACGUAUACUUCUCCUAUAGACUCCAACUCUGAUCCCUCCUUCCUCCCUCCCUCCCUCCUUCCUCCCUCUUCUCUCUCCCAGCCCAGAUAUCCCAGAGGGCCGUGGGGUUGGCUGAGGGCGGCUAAGCUGAUUGUCCAGAGCAACAGACGGCCGGCCGGUUGGCUCGGUGCUGGUCAGUGUCAGCUGACAGCGACCAGUGUGUGUGUGUGUGUGUGUGUGUGUGUGUGUGUGUGUGUUGGACAAAGAAAAGCACAUUAUUUAUGAGGCUUUGCUUUAAUACUGAAGGUUCCCUGAAGCCCAGGAAGUUGCAGUAAAUACUUAAAAUGUUCUAGGGCGUCCACAGCUCUUUGAAAGUUUUUCCUUCUGUAGUUAACGGCCGUAUUUUUCAGCGUGUAAUGAUACGUUUCUCUCUCUGCCUGGUGGUGACCAGCAGCGACUCAUUCUGCUGGGUUGGAAAUCCAUCUAUUGAUGCCAAAACUUUCAAAAACAUACAUCGCCGGAGAGCUAUAUUUCAUCAGCGUUUUUCAUCCAUUUUCCUCUCAAAUUGGUCUUAAACUCAAUCCCAUCCAGCAUUAAUGAGGUCUUAAAAAGUCUUACAGUUGGCUGAGGGAAACCUGCAGCUCCAAAGCCUUUGGCAGCUUACAGUAAUCUGCAAUAAUGUGAUGGUUACAUUGGAAUUACCGCAUGUGUUUCCCCACUUACAGUCAGUAAAGAAACGAAGGCAGAGCGGCACUGCGACGUGCACAGUCGCCUCUUUUAUCUGCAGCUUUUUCCACAGAUUCAGACUCCCUCUGAUGUCUGUGUGGGUUUCAUUGAACAGUUUGCAUCUUAGGAAACGGUUUGGAAGGCGGCCCUCCACUGCUUCUCCGGCCAGAGAACGCCAAACGUCUGAGAUUCGUCAUUUGUUCCAUCUGGCAGACGCAGUGGAGGGUUUGGAGGGGCCAUGAGCUUACAUAACUAAAACAAAUAUCCGACAUUUUGGGGGAUUACAUCAUAAGAACGGGAUCAAGUUGGGGGGUUUUAGUUGCGUCUAUGCACUGGAAGCUGCAGCAACGCCGUUUUUAAAGCAAGUUUUGGUAGAAUUUGGUCUGUAGCAGCCGCUCAGGAUGAUUCGAUGAGGAUCAAACUCUUUCAGUUACAUCAAAAUUGUUGCGACACAUGCUGACUCUUAUCACAAGGCUGUAAAUAACAGUGCUGCAAAAACAGGACUCUCCUGGUUUUGUGGUCUGCUCUAUAUAAAGUUCAUCUGCAGUGUUUUCAUAGCACGAAAUGGUUUCCUCACUGUUAUUCCUGCACGUUGAAAUGCUUAUUCCCUCCAGCAGGACACUUUCCAAAUGACGUCUAUGUUCAAAACUUUCUUGGAGCCCACCCCCCCCACCUUCUUCGUCCUGCUGGAACUGCUCUAAAAUAAGGCAUGAGUGCUUCAAGGAGAGAGAGGGGGAGAAAAAAGACUUUCGCACACACCGGCUGAAUGAUGGAUUUUAUUUGGUCUCUGUUUGCCGAGCCUGUGCUUGGCUGUGCUGGUCUGUUAUGUCGGUUUCUAUGGUGAAAAACACGAGCCAUGCCAGACUUGACGAGUACAAGGAAUAAAAAAAAGCAUGUGCAGGGAUGGAGGAAGGGGGCGGCGCAGGGGUAACGAGGGAAACUCGAUUCCAAGAAUUUGGAGGGUGUGGAAUCACAGAGAGAGAAAGACACGACAGACAGACAGACAGACCAACAGACAGACAGAAAGUGUGUGUGCAACAGAGCGAGCUGCUAAAGCAGAGACGGAGCAGAAACUGUGAGUCAAACAGAGAGAAAAUGGCAGAGAAGAAGAAACACACCUUCCCAAAAACAGCAGAAUAAAACUGCUAAUGAUGAUCCAGGCUUUUUACAACAAAUUAUUAGAAUUAUUUCUUGUUUUUUGACCUAAACAUGAGUCACCACACUUAGUAUACAAGCAGAAAACAAAUUGUAUACCUGAUGGAGUGAAUCAGAUCAAUUAGAGUUCAUUCCUGUUAUUUCAUUAAAAAGUGUGCGAGAAUGAAAAGUGCCGAGCAAAUCAUCCUUAAUCAGAGAAACAAGCUUAGAUACAUGGACACUCUAAAGCCUUCAGUUGAUGUGCGGACCAUUAUUUUAAAGCCUGAAGUAGGGAGAGCACCCUUUCCCUUUAUUUCAUGUGCAUGCACAAAAAGCCAAGGCAGGCAGAGCAGCAGCAAAGACCCCUUGGUUUAUUCAAAGUCCACGUUCACCACCAGGGUAAAGAGUUGCAAUAAAAAUAACACUAAUUUAUGAUUUCAAGACAGUGUUGAGAAAAAAAGUCUCCUCACUUAUAUUUCAAAAUUUUAGAGAUAUCCAACCCUGAUGUUACCCAAUAAUAUUAAAGUGAUAAUAAAGCAUCGACCAAUCAGAUUUGAGCUUACAAAUGCAGCAUUAGCAGACACACUUCCUCUCAGGGUAAAGGUUGUAGCUAACGCUGAAAUUCCCACAAUCUGGCCCGAGCAGAGCUGCUGCUUAUUCAUGCUGCUUCCUCCCCAUAAAUGAAAGAUGAGGUGCAUUAGUGCACGCUGACAUGUGAUUGAUAACAUGUGUGUGUGCGUGUGAGGGUGUGAGAGAGAGAUGAGGUAGCAGUGUCACAGCUGGAUUGAUGGGGUGCAUUUUAUUUAACAGAUUGAAGUGAGUGAAAGGUCAUCUGUGAGUGCUGCUACCACCCUGCCAUUUCCUUGAUUGGUGUGUGUGUGUGUAUGUGUGUGAGUGUUUGGGACAGAGGGUGUGUGUGUGUGUAAAGGUGCAGGUGUGGGAAAAAGCGUGUUUAGACUAAAUCAAAGGCCAUUUGUUUUUUCUUUCGUAGCCAGAACGCUGAUGUGCAGCUGCAUCGAGUCUCUCUUUGUUCAUUGCUCCACAUCUGUGUGUGUGUGUGUGUGUUUUUUCUCAUGCCCGUACCUGCUCUUCUGUUAUCACUCCAUCUAUCUGUGGCUCAGCUCGAGGUAUGCAGCUCACCUGCAGUCAAAAAAAACCCUCCCACACAAGAACGCUACCAGCACACACUCGUUUCUGUGUGUGUUGGCAUCGUCCAGAGAAGGGUAGUCAGCGCAUACUGGCACACAGAGGCGCAGCAAUGCAUGCUGGCACACACACACAGACACAUGCACGCACGCACGCACACACACACUCUUUCACACACACACUUUCACACUUCUCAUGGCUGGUGUUGCCUGUCUGCAAACAGACACGGUGAAUCACUUGCAGUCUUUGCCCUUCUACUUGCAAUAAAGUGUGUGUGUGCGUGUGUGUGAUAAUGUGUGUGCGCAAUCAGUGCUUUACCACUCACCCAAACUCUCUCACACACACAUACUCAAACACACACACACACAUUUACACACUGAAAAUGAAGCCAAAUCCAUGAGCAAACAGAUGUCACUCUGACCGAAAAAACAACAACAGUGUGUCUUAUUUCUGGCAGGUCACAGUGAUCCAAGCUUCGUGUGUGUUUGCAUGUGGGCGUGUGUGUGUUUGUGUGUGUGAGCGUAUGUGUGUGCGAGUCAGGUGACUCAGGUCACCGAGGAUCAGUCAUAGCAGGGUCUGCUUUGACUCUGUAUCAACAGUUUAGUCUACACCUCUUCUCAAAAAGCCAUGGGUUUACCGGUUGCCACGGUGACUACUCUGGUUCUCCUUUCUGAUUGGCCGCCUCCAUCCUUCACUGGCGGUGAGUUUGGAGUGUUUCCCACAUUCAAAGGCUGCUGCCAUGACCCCACUGCCACAGCUGCUCUGAUAAAGGACACUCAGAUUUACUUUUCAUGAAUUUAUAUUUUAUCACAUUCAUUCCUGUUUCAAAGAUUCAUUCAGGUGCCUUUCUUAACCACAGGACUGCAUAGAUUCAAUUUUUGCGGUGACACACGUCAGAGGUUAAAUUAUCUUUUACUUUAAAGUAUAAACUGUUAUGAACACACACAAAAAUCAACACAAAAUAGAGAUUUGAUGUAAAGAUUUAGUCUAAAUUGAGGAAAAAAAUUGAAAAAUGUGCACCUUCUCUGUCUUUGCAUCGUUGGUAUAGAAGAGAAACCUUAUGGGGACGUCGGCUUGUGAUGUGGAUACUUCUCGUGUACAAAUGUGACAAUAAAUGGUUAGAUGUGUGCUUUAAAAAUAAUUAUAGAAUUUAUUUGAAUUGAAAAUGAUAGUUUACCUUUUAUCUGUGUGUGUGCAUGAUGAAGUAAAUAUAUGCUCAGUAAAGACGAGCUCAAUCAAGAAGUGACUUCAGACCUGUCUGCUGCUCACAAUGACUUAGCGACUCGUCCUCCAGGUGUGUAUUUGUGCCUGAGUGAGCUGACACCGCUGCACAAACCUCCCACUAAACAAACCUUGAUUGAUGAGACGGCUGAUGCCGGUCCGGUGCUCACACACAUACCCACACACACACAUGCACACACACGCAUGUACACACACACACACACUCCUGUUUGGUUUUCCAGUUUGUUGUGGCAACAGCUAAAGCUGGCGAACACUGAACAGCUUGUCUGGAGGUUCAUUUAUGUGUUUCUCACUCACCCUCCAAACUGGCUCUUCAUUACACUUUCAUCACCUGCUAAUAAAACUUCACACCUGGAAGAAACAGGUGCUUCAGUCAGCAGAGAGCCUCAUGGAGGAGCAUUACAUCAUGCAUUCUUAGCAUUCAGUCUGCCCUGAUUUGGAGAACUGCCUCUUAAAUCUGCAGAUACGUCGGUUCUGCAGAGAAUCCAACAUGCAGAACCUCAUCGCGGUUCCGUCCUGAACUUUUUCCUCUUGUUUGAAAGCGACCCGCCCCGCCCCGCUCCCCUCAUGGCCGCCUUGAUUCAGAACAACAAGCCGUGCAGCCGGCUCCCCUCGGGCACACACUUACUGUAAAACCAAUCCUUUUAAUUAAGACAGAUUCCAGAGAGAGAAGAAGAAGAGCAACUGCAACCCCCACAUGCAAACACACACACAUACACACACACGCGCUGAAACACACACAACCGCAACAUCCUGUCAUUUGUUUUUCUUCCUUUUUAUUUUCCCUUCCCAUCCUCUGUCUUUUUUUAUUCCUUCCAUUGCUCGUCCUUGUUUUGUUGGACAUGUGUGUGUCAGUGUGGAUGUGUGCAGAGAUGAAAUAACACACUGAGCAGAGUGGCUACAGGAAGAGCAGGAACCCCAAACCAACAUGGCCUCCUCAUGACUGACCUGAGAGUCGACCUGAAGCUGCUCUCCGAAUGACCCCACGUUUUAGUGGCCAGUUGGCCUCCCUGUGAGCCACAUGCUUUUUUUUUUCUCUACGCCUCUCUUUGUUUUUUACGGCGUCCUUGCUUUGCUCGUCUCUGUUGUGUCUUCACCCCCUCCUCUGGCUGAGUCGUCAGGGCCAGAAUGCGGCGGAACAACAAACCCAAAUAGUGGCUAUAAACUUCAGACUUGUUUAUGGGGUGGGUCUGCUAGCUCACCUCUGGGUGAACUCCUGAACAGACAGCACUGUCCCCUCAUGUUGCAGCUCAGAACAACGUGACCUCAACUUCACCCGGCCCGACCUGCACUUUGGACCGCUUCAAUGGGACUGCAGGCCUUUUACUCUUAUACAGCCCCUCCAUUCAAACAGUCCUUUAGACCCUAUUUAACACUUGAUUCAGUUGAGCUUGUUUCAUCAACCUAUUGCUCUCCAAUUAAACGUAACUUUAGCCGUGUCUUCAUGGGACUACUAUCACCUGGGAACCUGGAGUAAAUUUGAAUAAUAGGAUGGAGCAUCUGAAAUCCUGACCCUCUGCUUAUUCAUCAUGUGUUCAAUCUCAAAAAGGUCAGGUCUGAUUAAAACCUGUAUCCCUACUGGAGAAUGAUGUUUUGCGUGAUUCUGCAUGUUUUCUCCAUCUGUUUUUGUGUUGAGAGUUUUCAAGGUUGUGCUGUAAAAUAAUAAAACAGUAAUGAUUAAAAAUAAACAAAAUCAAAGCAUCAGGGUUGCGAAUUCGGAGAUUCCUUGAACAAAAAAUGGGGAAAGGUUACUGAUUGUGGUGACCGUAAAAGAAAAAUUUCAAGCUUUGAACAGGACCAAAAGUAAAAGAGUGGUGGUGCAAUGAUUUGGCUGUUGUCCACUAAAAUCAAUGACAAAAUUCCUCUCUCUGAUGAGGCCAUUGUGUGUUUUCAUGCUGUGUGCAAAUCUAAGGUUAUUUACUGGAGUUGAGUCACUGAGGGGUGAAACAUGUUGCAUCUUUACAUUCUUUGCUGACAAUGGUGCAUGCAAAACCACAAACAGGAAGCGACCGCUAAAAACAACUUCAAAACAAAUUACCAAAGAGUGAGACGUCUCCGUCUGUCUCUGCUGCAUGUGGAAGGUGCAGAAGGUGAACAAAACAUGGCAACGUGGUGCAAUAAAAAGAUCGCCCUGCAAGACCUGCAAACAGGAACUUACCUAUCAUGGGAAACCGCAGCGAUGUGAUCAGACCUUGGAGGGCAGCGGUCUCUGUUUGAGGUCAUAAAGUUUGACUGACAGAUUACGGCUGAGCUGGUAUGACUGGCUGCAUCGCCCUGCUCUCGGAAUCUCUGCCAACAUGGAUGUGUUUGGCUCGGGGGGGGCGGCUGGCACAUCCAUUGUGUGUGUAUGUGUGUGUCUGUGUUUUAUGGGUGGAAGUAGGGCACUGAUCCUGGCAGCAGAGCCAGUGUCAGUGUUUCCCAUCCUCCUGCUCUCACAGGGAAGGUUUCCCGGAAUAAUGAAGAGGAGAGGCCAGUUCUGGUUCAAGUCCGGCGUCUUUUCUGACGUUGUAUCAAAUAUCUGUCCUUGACUGUUGAAGUAAGGGUCUGGACAAUUUACUUACAGGAGGGGCUUUUGUUUCGACCUAUUUUCUCCUGCAAAAUAACAUAGGAAUUGUCCUGGACUUUGCUUCUUCACCUCCUAGUUCCAGUUCUUGCAUUUAACACAGGAGCAGACAAACUUUCAGGACACAUUUUGCAGCAAACAUGUACCACAUUACAUCUGUUUAAAAAGCAGCAUUUCCCUCCAACAACAGCUGGAAUUUCAAGAUUUUUUCUGCAUGCAAAAUACCUGCAAAAUGCAAAAACUGCUAAAACCUCAGCUGAGCAAAAAGGGCCGACAAGUUAGUCGGCCUCAUCUCAGACUGGCCGAUAUUUAACUCCCCUGUUGAGCCAUAAAGCUGAGCUAAGCUAAGGAAGCACUUGUUUGCAUUAACAAAAAGGAUUCUGGCCAAAGAAGAUCUUCAGCUUAUUACUGCCGACCCUCGCUCCCUCAUAACACCAUCUCUCAUCCAAUUAUCCUGAUUCAUGAGGUCUGACCUCGGCUCUGACCCUGCUUUUAAUUUUUCCUCCUCUGCCAUUGAUUGGGUGGCUUUAAGGUGUCUGUGGUUUCUCAAGUGUCGAAUGAAAUCAUUAAUAUAAUUCUUCCUUUUUUCUCUCACCGUGCUUGGAUAUGUGCGGCAAUUAUCUCAUCUCCUCUUAUUUACUUAAAUUGCGUCUGUUUGUGUUGUUGCGGGGUGAGCUGUUGAGAUUUUAAUCUACUCACCCGGCCAUCUGCCACUGUCGUUGGGUUGCAUAUCUCCAGGAUUAAAUCAGACGCUGCAGCACGUGAGAUCUUCCUCACACACUCACACGUAAUUACACACAUGUAUUCAGCCACAACAAAAACAAAUGACACGUUCCAUCGAACAAAUACACACAUGAAUAAGUGCACACAUGUUCAGAGUGCAGAAUGUGGGCCACUUUCCCUGCAGUUCCAAUCACUGUACGACUGCGGGCCGCCCGCAGCUAAAGGCCCUGAUUACCAUUUUAUUACAGCAUGUCAUUAUUCUGAUGCUAUCAAUAGAAAUGAAUUGGCUGACAAUUGAUUUACAAUAACCCCCCCUCCUCUGCGCCGGCCCUCAGGGAGCCUCUGCUGCUCAUUGAUUCGUUCCUUCUGUCCGCGCUGUCUGCCUGACUCUAACUGGACUUUCACCUAUUAAAGGCUCCUCUGCUUCAACAUGACAGAGAUUGAAUUUACAGCCAGGAUUCAGCGGAGUCAUCUGCUUUAGGGAAGCUACCCGGACAAAUUGAUUGUGAUAUAAUAUUGAAGUCUGGAGGGCGUUUCUCAGGAAUGGUUCGUCGGACCUCUGAGGGUGUUUUGGGUGAACGUAGGGACUAGACAUGGCAACCGCAAGCCCCCCUUACAAAAAAAGACAAAUUCUAUCUAUAAAAACAUGACUUAAAUGAGCUCUCCAUGGAUCAAACUCGUGCAGACUGGGGGAAAACCCGCAAAAACUAAAGAUAGCCCAGUGCUGACCCAAAUGAAGAGCACACUGGAUCCACUCACACUCGAAACUGACACACAAUUAAUAGGCGUGUGUUUCAGGAACUUUGAGGACUUUCACUUCAAUUUUUCACUUUUUUUCUUAAUUUGAUUUAGAGUCCUUUCUAAUUCUAAUUAAUAAUUCAUUUAUUUAAUGAUGUUUGAUUUAUAUUGAACCCUAUAAAAAUAGACUGCCCACAUUAGACCUAAACAACGAAUUAUUGCCAUGCAGUUAGUUAUAUAUGCUGAAUUCACAUGUAUAAGUAGAGCACACCUCCCCUGCAGCUGUUAUGUGAGAAGCUAAGGCUGGCAGAGCAGCAGCAAAGACACCCAAAGGUGGGCUGCAAAGCUUGACUGUGAUUUCAGUGUUUUCUGUAGACUAGUUGGUCAGCAGGAAUUUAGAUUUCCACUUAAACGGUUAAGAAAUGAUCUUUUAGACAUUCACAGCUACAACAUGCAGGAGACUUCAGUUUGUUUUGCUUGAUCUUGAAUCAAAACUCUUCAGGUUAGAGCUUUUGCAACAGAGAAAUCCGUCUCCAUUCAUGUCCACCAUCACUGUAGUUGUGUAUUGAGCACUGGUGGACCAUCUCAGCUGCAGAGCUGUGGAGGUUAAAUGUUUGAACAGCCCUUCAGUUCUACUAUAAAGACGUAAACUUUACUUUCCUUCAAGCACAGUCCUAUACUGUAAACCCUUACUCUCUUUAGCAGCAGCUUCUGGCUGAUCUGGCAUGUUUCUACAAGUUUGCGUUGCUGUUGGUGAAACUGUUCCACACACUGAUUGGAGGGAGAAGAGAAAAAAAAACUCCCAGCUGGCCACGGGGCAUACAGAACAUCAUUAGUGCCAAGUGUCUGAAAGCUGUCGAAAACAUUCCCAUCACAGCGCAACUGGAGUGCUCACUAACAACCCCGACCAUUAUGCCUCCGCUCGCCGCGUCAGCCGGCAGACUAAGCCCUGCAGACACUCACAGGGAACAUGCAGCGUGUGCACGGCGGCAGCCAUUUUCUCUCACCUCAGUGGAGUGUGUCAAGAGUCUCACUGGAGAGUCUCUCACCUCAGGAAAAUGCAUGUGACAGUUUGGAAGUGCAUGGGCCGAUUUCUCCCCUAAAAUCCUGGAUGGAUGUAGCAGAGGAUGGUGCUCAUCCUGCUCUCUGCCCUGCCCCCCCCCCCCCCCUCUCAUGGGAUAAAUCCUUCCAGUGUGAGCUGAACUCCAGCCUGCUGCUUAAUGACUUAUAAUAGCUACAGUUUCCUGCUGCAGCAUUACAGGAACAUGGCCGGGCUUUCUUUUCUUAAAGGUCCCUGAGAUGCAGCACUUGGAGGACAUGACCUACUUUCUCUCGCUGGAACACUUCACAUUUUUUUAUCGUGCACUUUCUAACGCCCAGUCUGGCAGAAGUUUAACUUUUCUCUAGCAAGUGAAAGGUCCCUCUCUAACAUGACAUGUAAAGUAAACUCUGCUGCUGUCAUAGUAUGAAGUGCUCACAUAAGUGUUUUUGCAUAUUGCUGAAUAUUUAACUGAAACAAAAUGUCUGCAAAAGCACUGAAAAUGUGCCAGACAUGAAAAGAUCUUUAAAAUAGGUCGAGCUCAGUGAAGCGCCUCCCAAAUCAUUGAUCCCAUAAAAAAAUUCUGCAUGUAGCACACAGCUGCACAACUAAUUGCAAAAUAAUCAAAAUAGCAGUACGGCCAAAUCCUCAGAAGCUGCAGUUGAUUGUAAAGAGUAAAAUGGGUCAUAAAACAUAAAACAUCGGGAUGAAGUAGUGCUGCAGAAAUGUUCCAGACCUCCAGUUAUGUUUCUUUGUUUGUAACAUGUUUGCUCCAUUCAGACCUGAACAUCAGUGACAAUAAAGUUUAAUAAUCCACAUUUAUCAAGAUGCAUUUUGCAACUGCAGAAAUAUCUGCAGAAAUAAUGAUCGCUCUCCUGAAGUUUUUUGUUGAUUCUUCACUUUAUAACCAAACCACGAGAUCUGACUGCCACAGAAAACCCCAACAGCCCAUGUUUUUUCACCGCAUUUGGCAGAACAUGAGCCACAACGAAACAAUGACACCGUUAAAAACAACAUGAUAUAAAAGAGGGAAGUUUUAGAUUUCAUCAGUGAAAGAAUUCAGGCUGUUCCUGUUAUAGAUCUUAUUUUGUAUCAAUUUAACAGAAAACUGCUCUUCAAGUGAUAAAUCAGAACCAUUUCCUAUGCAAAUGAAGUCUUUCCAACAGAUCCAGGUAGACCAUAAGUGGUAAUAUGAGCAAAACAAAAACAUGAAGCCUCUCAUCUACAUACCAUUAGACAGUCUGAGUGAAGAGAAAGCAAUCAGUGGCCCCGCUCAGGUGUUUUCACUUGACAGAUACUCAAACGGCGAGAGCUUUUAACUGAUGGAAACGGUGCUAAUGUGAGUCCUGAUGCCUCUCCAGUCCGCUCUGAUACUACAGUGUUUACAGCGUGUGCACACGCAGAGCUGGCGUCAGCUGCUUGGACAGUUUGCAUGUUUGGUGUGCAGGUAUUUUUACCAUAAAUGUAGUUUGAAUGACAACCUGCAAAUGUAGGGUUGAAAAACUGCAAUUUUGGUGAAAAGGGGUGAUCACAAACAAACACAAGGUCAUCUCAGUGUAGGGUUUGGCCUGUAAAGUCCUAGCCGACUGGUCAACUUAUUGGUCCAUAUGUGCUGAUUUGACCAAAAUUCUUAUUAGUCGACUUGAUUUUUUUCUGCAUCAAUUUACAAUCUAUGGUUAAUUUCAUCAGGAGGAAUGUACCAAGUGCUAAUGGCUAUGUUUUUAGGGGACCCCCGUUUCACAGGUAACAGCUUGUCUCAGAACACCCCCUUGUUUUCACCAUUUUGGAUUCGCCCAACCCACCCGAGACCAGCUGAAGACAGGAAGCUUCAAGAGCGUCCACGUUAAUCAACGUCUGGUAGUUUGCUGAAUAUUUGUUUUUAGUUUGAGCGUUUCAACUUUCAUCUUGUGCUGAUAUUAGUACAUUUUCACCCGCCGAGCAACGAUGCCCCUCGCCACAGAAGGGUCAGAGCCGAUUAGUCGAUUUUGGUCGAAAAUUUCAGGGUUUUAGUCGGCCAAGAAGAGCUCCUCUGAAGAUUUAAUCUGCACGAUCUACACGAACAAUAGCGUCAUUAAAUACUCUUAAGGUCACAGCGUUAAUGAUUCAAGUGACCCAGUGACAUCCAUCAUGAACACACCCUAAAACCUCUGUGGUAUCUCCACCCUCGUUAGAAACAUCAUGCGUAUCUGCAUUUCCUUUUUUUUUCUGUAGCCACCAUGUAGGCAGUCAGACUUUGCACAGCACACCUCAUUCAUCUCCCUCCCUCCUGUUUUUCCCUGUCUCUCCACAUAAUGACACUCGAAGACCACAGCAUGUGUAAGAGCUUGUUCCUCAUGUUAGAUGAUGGGCUCACUGUGGCGCUCUAAUUGACCCGCCAUGUCUGCAGAUGCAUUAGUGCGGCCAUGUUUGGCCCACUUAAUGCCCAACUACAACAAACACAGCCAUCAAUAGAUACAGCCGCCUUGUUAUGCAGCUCAUAGGGAGCUGCUGUCUGCCUUAUGAGGACCCUGUGUGUUUGGUGGUUUGUCUAAAGAGCCUGCAGGUCGGGGCUGCAGGGCCUGUCUGACAGGGCCUGGUCAGGAGAGCGGUGGUGGCUAGACAUGGUGUCUGAACCAGCUGACAGGCUGACCUAAUCCCUCCCCACAGACAGGAAGGAAGAGGAGUGUAGCCUGUGGCCAUGUGAGCUCUGCUCUCUCAAAGACUGCUUGUUUUGUGUACAGCGCGAGGUUCGUCACAGGACAGCCGAUGGAUGAGGAUUUGCAGAGAAACAGCGUGGCUGAGGGGCUCAGAGGGUAAAGGGCAGCAUGUAAGCUUUGCUCACAUUUAUCCAUCGUAAGCAUUUUGGAUUCUUAAGAUUUGCAGGAAUGACAUUUCAAUUUAUUUGGAAUAAUCCUUCAAGAGAAUUGAGAUUUUUCUCCAAAAUAGAUUUCAAUGAUUUUUAUGUCAACGGGCCUGUUGGUCUUUAGACUUGUAGUUGACCAUGCUGGUGUCAGUCCCUCUUACAGUUAUGUUUGGGGCUACAUGUAUGUAAAGUUUGGGUCCACUCGUGUCCCUCUAGCUGAUGUGUCCGUCCCUGCAGCCGUCAUGCUCUGCCAGAUUUGGAUGGAGCUCAAAUUUAGAGAUACUGUGUGUUUUUCUCUUGAAUCCUCGCUGUGUUUACGGCUAGCAGAGGCUGUAAACACAGGCACACAUGGCUGAACUGCGUAAUCACACAUACACUGUAUUUAUUCAUUCACUGGGAGCCUGUGACCUUCCUUGUUUACGACGGCACAGCACUCCUCCAGGUGCUCCUUUAUAAGAGGACUCUCACAGUCUCACACGUUGUGAGAUUCACACCUUCCAUUAUCCUCUAAACCAUCGUAUCACCUUGGCUGUCUGGAGUGCUGCAGGCUUGUUUAUGUUAUCAACGAUUCAUUUACAGGCUCUGAGUCACAGCAGACCACUCCAUCUGUGAAUUACCAUCCCAUGAGCCUUUUAUUUAUACUGAAGCUGUGCACUGGAAGCUUUACCUCGGCUGAAAAUCAAGUCUUACAAAUCCAGGCUGCACUCAGCUGCAAACAUGGCAAUUAAUGCAUGUUAAUCAGUUUUCAAAUGAGACCAAAACCCUGACUUUACCUUUCUAAAACCUCCAUGUAGAUCUUUGGUUUUUGAAGCCAGAGGUAACAUCAGCUUGUAAGAGAGAGUGGACACGCAAUAAAAUAACUAAUUAAAGCAGCAAACUCUUACAUUUAGGGAAUUUUUGCACCAAACAUGCCUUUUGAUCAAUUUUAGAUAAAAUCCUUGCAGCUCUGCCACCAUUUAAUAAAACAGCGCCCCGGUAGCACUCUUCUUUAUACUUUUGCUCAUAUUUAGAGUAAAUGUGAGAUUGGUAGCUUCUGUUCCUCUGCGCAGUUUGAAAUGGGAUUGAAACAGGAUGAAACAGGAUUGAACUCUGAGAAAAUCUUUCUGGAUUUGGUCAGGCCUUGAGAAGAAAAAAAAAACACAAAACACAGCGUUUUCCUCCGGCUCAGCAGAAAAAAUCAGUAAUGGCGGCAGCUUUCAGCGUCUCCCAUGAGGCAGCAUCUUUAUCAGCCCCCUCCAGCUACAGUCUAGGUGUCAGUGAGAUAGAGACAGAGAGGGCAGCAUAGAGGUUAAGACUGUAAUUGGUGGUCUGUCCCGGUCCCUGGUAGUGCAGGGCUCCAGGGAUCAGGCUUUAGCAGGCGUAAUGAUGCCUGUAAGAUGAGAGGGGAUUUGACUGCAAGCCCCCACCCUCGCCUAAAUCCCCCUCAUCCUCUUCUCUGACAGGAAGAGAAAUCACUGCAAACUGCAGACGCACGGACAUGAUGCAUUCACAGCAUGACGAGCCAUUACUGAGCUGUCAUUUUUAUAGAAGUCUGCCCUUAAAAAAUGCAGCAAACAUGAACAGGUAACGGAAGGUAAUCACGACACAUACUUGACACUAAACCUGGGUGAAUUCUCAGUAUCUGUGAUGUAUCAAAGCCUGUUUUUUCAGGCUCCUUCAUUUCAUUUUGAUGCCCUUGAUGGGAAUUAUUGAUUAUUUCUAUUUUGCAUCAUUCUGCUUCCUCUUUCCCAACAUCCAGACCAAUUUCAUCCUAAAUGGAUCAACUAAAACACUUAAAAAAUUCAGUUUCUCUGCAUAUCUGUCAGUGCGUAUCACACACACUGCAGAUAAAACAAGAUGCACACAACUUAGCCAGCUGAUUGACGCAAAAUAUGCGCUCAUCAUUUUCUCUGUUCUUUGAUUGGAAGUUGGGAAGAUUAAUACUCGGCUGAUAUGAGAUGAGCUUCUGUUAGCUUUGCACAAAAACAGCUGCUAGAAAUGUCCUUCAGAGGGAAUUUUUUUAACCAUGAACGCUGCAACAAAACCGGCAGAAUCAGUAGAUUCCUCGUCACAAAAGAUUGUGUGCACACUUUUCCACCCUAAUUUGAGAAACAAACUGAUUCUGCACAGCAGAGAUCUGAGGGUAAUUCCAGAGAAUGUAAACUUAAUCCCUGCAGAUUAGUGAAAACUUCCUGAGUGUGUUCAAAGGCUGAAGGGCAGGGAGGAGAGGGUCAGGGAGCUCCCACUCCUCUGUUUUGUUUUGGGUGUCCAUCUUAGCGCUGUUAAGCAGGGCUGAGAGUUUGUUUUAGGUGUUGGGAUGUGAUUUAUCAUUAUGGGAUGAGGCCCGUCUCUGCAGCUUCUCUUUGCUGCUGCUGCUGUGAGCUCCUUUGAUGUGUGGGAGGAGGCCGCUGUGCUGUUUUUGGUGUGUAUGUGUGUGUGUGUGUGUGUAAGCUAGUGUGCAAACAUGAGUGUGUAUGUGCAUGUUUGCACAGUGCUCUUGGCGAGCCUGUCACAUGUGGAGGCAUGUGCUGCAGUCUGGAUCGGGGUACCCGGAGUGCCUGCUUGUGUUCCAGUGCCCCGUAAGUAAUACUGGGAAAUUAAAUCGCCAGUUUCUGUGUUCAUGUGUGUGUGCGUGCAUGUGUGUGUGUUUGCACCCUCAGCCUCGACGCCAGCUGGCAGCAGUGGCCAUGCCAAACACCCCCCCAACCCCCUUAGUGCUAUUUAUGUAUUUGCUCAGCCAUGCGACUUAACCCUUUCACAAGCAACCUCAACCUCAGGGCACGUUACACGCCAAGCAGAAAUAUGCCCUGUGCCCUGCAUUCCCCAACCUGCACACACACACACACACACAGACGCACUCCUCCCCUUGUUACCCAUAAUUCACAUCUGGCCUCCUUUAAAACAGGGCAGCUCUCUGCACCGCUGCAAGGAAAAGAGCCAUCAGCAGAUUCCUCCUCCAACCUUCCUCCAACCAGAGAGAGAACCUUUACGAGCGCCGUAAACGCAGGAAUUUCUUCUGUGCUCUGCCGUUUCUCUGCUCGGAUGCCAAACGAAACUCUACUCGUCACAGCCUUUUGACAAUCAAUCUCAAUAACAAGUUCACACUGUAAGAGUUUCUAUUGUACAGGCAUGUAGAUGACUUACUUGGAGGGAGACAAACAAUUGGGAGUUCAUACAAGUGGACGUACCAUUCAGGGAAUAAUCUAUAGAUUGUUUAAAACAUAGAUGUAGUCCUGUGUCAUCACAUGUUGGUUGCUGAAAAAGCCAAAUAAUGGUGUGCGUUACAUUAGAAAUAACUUAAUUUCAACCUAAAAUAAGGUAAAGAUGUGGACAGAGGCGAGUCUUACUAUAGCUACAACGGGCUACCAACAGGUAUAUUAUAAAAAAAAGAAAACCUGCAGAGUAUGAGGAAUAGAUAUAUGAGUCACAUAACCUGAAACUUUUUUUUAAAACAGGCAUUAAUCAUGUUGAAUUUUGCUGUAAAAAAAUCUGCUUUUCUUUGGGGGCUUAAACUGGGUUUCUUGGCUUUUGCAGCCAGUCCCAAGUGGACACUUUAAGUAUUGCAGUAGUUGAAGGGAUGUUUCAGUAUUUUUGAGGUAGAGUUGAAUGAGUUGCAUGUCACUGGCAGGUGUAUUAGCAACAACGGAUGCUCAUUAAGAAACUGCUGGAAGAAACAAUUUCGGGUCCCACCCUCAAUUACUGCAAAAACAUCAGGACUUUUCUGAUAACAAAGUGCUGAAAAAAUCUCAGUGGGACAAACACUUGAACUGAGAUAAGAGUUUGGAUCAGAGUCUCUCAAAGUUUGAUAAAUUAUGUGGCGGAGUUGACCCCGUCUGCCGAAAACUGUAGCCUAGCUUGCGUGCUGGUUCUUCCAGCACUUUCUCAUUGAAGAAGCAGAAAUGACGGGUAUCCAUCGUGGCUAAUACACUUACUGGUGAUAUGUAACUACAUAUUGCACUUGAGCUGUUGUGAGAACCACUUACUGAGCUAAAACUGACUGGAAAAGCAAAGAUUUGCCUGUCUGACCUAAAUUAAGAAUGCAAAAAACAGAAAUAGUUUUUCAACAGUAGCUGUUAGACUAUUUGGACUACAGUGAAAAUGGUCAGCAUGAAGAGGCUCGUAUACAGACAGAGGCUGAUUAAGUUUUUAUAGUCUGCUAAUUUCACACUGAUUAAAAACUGGUCAUUGUGCACGUCUAUCCUCUCUGUCCAGCAUGUUCAUGUUUUCAUUUGAUCCCUCUGAAAACAGAACGAGCCAGAGGAAGGGAUGGAAAAGGAAAAGCUCUGGAAAAGUCCAGCUGUAUUUACUUACCCCCCCUCCAACCCUCACCCCCUCACUCCCUCUCCAUCUUACGUUUUCUGAGCUUUUCCGUCUCCUCGGUGGGCCGAGCUCUGGCUCUCUCUGCGGCUGAGAAGAGCUGGUCCCUCAUCAUUCCCACGGAAAGAGUUGCCAAAGCAAAUUUGGCGAGAGGAAAUGGAGACCCUGCUCUCCCUUCCCAAACCUCCCAAUCUCUUCCCUUUCCUUCCCUUUUUUUUCUCUCCCUCUCUCUGUGUGAGUGUGUGUAUAAGUGUGUCUUUGUGUGUGCGCGGCCUCUAGGCAGUAAUAGGAAGGCUUGUGGUAGAGGGGGAGUCACUCUUUGCUUUCCCUCUCAUUAUUCUUUCCCUCUGUUUUUCCAUGCACAGCACUGUUGUCAUGUGAAACUUGUCAAACAAUAAUUUAAAGUAAAGUUAGAACACUUAUACGCUCCAUGUAAAGGACCGACAAACUCCCUGACCCCAUACUGCUAAUGAUACCUUCUGAUACCCGUCAGAGUAAUGUAGACUUAUGAAGGUCUGACUGGAAACAGCAUGAAAAGAAAAAUGUUGUUUUCUGCUUCUCUUUCUGUGUGUAGGUUUUUGCCUUUACCACAAACUCUCUGAGAUGUGGCUUUACUUUCCGCUGGCACGAUACGAUAUGACAUGACUAGAACGCUGCACAACAGUAUAUAAAUCAAGAAAUUCAGGAUAUGAUCUGAUAUAAAACAGAUUGAUGCUCUUUAACAUGCUUCACUGGAGGCCUUUUUUUAUUUAGAUACAUCAGUCAAUGCAAAGAUAAUUUUACUCAUAGAAACAUUUCUUUGUGUUUCGGCACUUGUUGACAAGAGUUUAGCCUCUAGCCUAGCUAGCGACAGCCUCCCUGGGAGGUUUCUCUCCUGUUUUUUCUUCCAGCCUCUCUGGACUCUUCCUGGAAGAGCAGACCAACAGCAGACCUGCUGCCGUACAGUGUUCUUGGAAAAAAAAAAGUCUCUUAAGUAUGAAAGGAAAUGUUGAAAUAAGAAGGCAUUGAAAAAUCAGCGUCAUGCUGUCGCUCCAGGACAGCUCUGGGAGGUGACAGGAGAGCGAGCAUGUUUUCUAUCAAUACAAGCUGUUUUUGGCAACCAGUGUGGAAACAGAGUCAGACUUUUUGUUUUUCUUUCAAGUAGCGGGGGAAUGUGGGAGACGCUUCCCUGCUAAUGGGAUAAAUGAUGGGUUAUAAAGGGGGGAGGCGGCACGGGCAGGUACUGCAGGGCUUCAGACUCUGUGUGUGCAGCCACCUGAUAGUCUCAACAUCUGCACACACACACACACACACACUCACAGUGUUUGCCAGUUUGUGCCUGGCAGGCGUCUUCCAGUCCUAACAUUGUUCUCCUGCGAGUUAAUACUUGCUCUUUUUUAAACUUGAAGUGAACAAACAGAGUUACUUAUGUGCUGAGCGCAGGAGAAAUUACUGCUCUCCGUAUCAAAGUGAAUUUUAGAUGAGGUCAUUUCAAGUGUAGUCAGCAAACCAGUUCAUCUCAAAGUCAGAGCAGCACACAGUCUGAAUAAUGAGAUUAAUAUGAUCCUUCGCAGUGCAGCGCUGCAGCACUUUGACUGUAACUAUGUAAAGUGUUUUUGCUAUUUACUUGAGUGCAGACAGAGGCUCUAUUGUUCUGUGUGACUCCUCAGCCAAGGAGACGAUGGUGGGAUGAACUAGUUGCCAAAAUUGGAGCUCUGAGUGUGUGUGUUAGUGUGUGUGUAACCCACAAACACACAGUCGAGGAAUCUCACUCGAGUGAGCAGCCACAGCACUCGCUAUAUUUUUAUCCUGUAUGUUCGUCUGGGUGUUACACACACACACACAUGCACGCACACACACACACAUACACGCUCACACACAGAGUUAGAGGGAGGGAACGGAGUAAGUGGUAUUCUGACUGAGGAUUUUAAAUAGAAAGGAACUCUGUAGACAAAACAGCUCUCUUCCUAACACCGCUCCGCUUAUACUCGACAUUUAAAACCUCAGGAGGAAGCUCUCAUUCAGCCUGUUUUCAUUUCUCCGCAGCACAUGAUAAAUUCAGCUUUAGACCUGAGUGUCCCAGGUCAGCGUUUCUGUGCACAAACAGCAGGACAUAUUGUCUGACACCUGUUUGUUUCUCUCCAUAUGUGGCUUUCUUUUUGUGGUUGGAGCUGUAAAAUGUGCUCUCACUCUGCCUCCAGGAAGGGGCCCCUCCCUCCCUUUGCACCACUACGGGCCCCUUAGCAAGACGUGCAGGGAGGCCAAAGUCAGGUCACAGGCAGGGUGUGGCUCUGCUCACCCUCCUGAGCGAAGAAAGCAAAGAAAACAGGUUGUUUGGCCUUUCAUCUCAGUUUAGUCUGGGGAAGGAGGGGUUGGUAGGCGACCUGUUUAGCAUUGUAUUUAUCUCACUCUCGUCUCGCACGGUCCUCGCAUUGAGGAACAUUGUGCGGUCAGAGCAGGAAGACUUCUUGCAAAAGGAAAUGUUCAAGAAUACCCACACAUACACACAGUAGAGAAAGCCUUGUAAAUGCAUGGUGGGGUAUGCAUUUUUCAAAGCUCUUGAAACACUUUUAAAGAUCAUGCACUUUCAUUCAGUCCUGUUUGCAAGCUGCAGAAAUGCUGUAAAGUAGCUGGGAAAUCACUGCAGUGUUUGCUGAAACUAUGCUGCUAAUAAUUAUCUUUAUACUGUUUUUAUUUCUUUUUUGUUUGUUUUGUUCUGUUUUGGACAAUAAAUGUUCUUUUGCAAGAAAUUCAAUCCAAACCAAUCUGCUUUAUUUAUACGGCACAUUUAAAAAAAAAUCUAAGUUUAUCAAAGUGCGGCACAAUAAUCUUAAAAGAACAGACAAUGCAGAAAACAUCACGAUGAAAUAAAUAAAAGCAGGUAAAAAACAUUUAAAAUGAAUGAAAUCAAUGAAAUAAAAACACAAAAGCAUAAUAGAAAUAAAAGUGAUAAAAGGACAGAGAUCACACAACUCUCAUGCUGAGCUAAAAGCCAAGGAAUAAAAAUGAGUUUUAAGACGUGAUUUUAAAGUAGAAAGAGUGGGGGAUGUUUAAAUUGUUUAUUUUACAUUAAUUUUUUGUUGUAAAUAAUCUUCAUGAAAUACUUCAUUAAUGUUUUUGUAAAUUAAUGCUUUAAACUCGAAUCAGCAGAAUAGCCAAGCUGAUUUCUCUAAGAAGCACUUUGGUAAAAAGAUGCAAUUUUUAGUCAUCAAUAAGUCGAUACAAUGAUUGCACAUCUUUCUGAACUUAUAAGUCAGUCAGAAAUGCUAAGCAUGGCCUUAAACGCAUGUCCUGAGUGACAUAUUUGACAGAAGACUAUACUGUUCAAACAGCUCGCUUUGCAGUCAUACGGCGUUUGCAUGUUCUCAGUCUGCACAGUGUUUCUGUGCCCAUAAUCCAUCCUGAAGUUUCUGUCUUACUCACUUUGCUUACUGGAAUCUUGCUUGUUUGUAGAGAACAUCCUGUAAUCUAUGACACAGGAAACACACUCAGACAGAUAGACCAAGCGAGAGAGGGUGAGGAGGAGGAGGAGGAGGGGGGACCUGGUGACGGAGGGAGGGGCAGAAAUGAAACAGGGAGGUGGGAGGAUAGAUGAAAAUGACAGGUUGUGUCAAGAAACAGAUUCAGUGUUCCCUCCUGUAAAGCCGUCUGUCACCAGAGCGGCUCGUCUCAAAGCUGGCAGACUUCAGGGUGACACUCCUGUUUUCAGCAGCACACAGAGUCACAGCUCCUCUUCAUCAGGGGCGACCUUUCACCUAAAUGUGCUGCCUUCAUUCACUGCUGCAUAUAUAUAACCCUCAUUAGAUAAACAAGGAUGCAUUAAUCAGAGGUCUUGUUUGGAAUCGUUUAAGGAGGAAAAGCUGCAGAAAUGUCGCUUUUCUGAUUCAUGUAUCUUGAUGAGUGUGCACAGACCGUCUCGUGCUUCCUCGGUUUACUCUCCAACAGAAACAAACCUUCGAAUUCGUUAAAAACAUUUCCACAGAAGAAAGGACUUGCUGUGUCUCCAACAAACUCUGCUGAUUUGGAACAUUUCAUGCAUUCCUUUAAGUUUUUUUUUUUUUCCUUUUUUUUUUUUUCACAGCAGUGUUUCCCCAAAGAGGAGCACUGAGGAACAUUUCAGCUCAGUGAGGAAACAGAUUAUUAAACUACUUUAGGUCAAACACUGAGAAAGUUUCAUUUCCCUCAUUGUCUCCCUGACGGUUAUGUAACUUCUUUAAAACGACAUGUAACCGCAGCUUUCUGUUCUUAUGGGAGUUUAAUGGAGACUUUUCUGAACUGAUGAGCUGAUACAGAUUCUUGUAGAUGAUCUGGUAGGAAACAAUGACUAUCAGAUCUAUUAGACUAAUAAUGCAGAGCUCUAAAGUCUCAGAACUUCGGAUUGAGAUAGUAAAAAUGCAUCUGAUAAAAAUAUAAAAACCUAACAUCCAUUAGGAGCUCGUGAAAAAGAGCAUCUAGACUGAAAAAGAAGCUUGUUUUGUCCUCAAGAUUAGAGGUGUGCAGUCAUAUAAUGAUGCUUUUAGCAGUUUGUAAACACGCCUGUUCUACGUGUUAUGAAUGCAGUGCUCAGUAUAAGCUCUACUAUAAUUUUUACUUUAACUGAUGCAAAAACCUGCAGCUGAAAAUAGAUUAUUGAGGCCUAAAUGAGACUCUUUGAGGCGAUAUUGGAAAAUGUGAGUGCAGCACCUACAGCCUUUCCCUUAGAGUCUGCAGGUAGCGCCACAGCUGGAUGUUAAUGAUCAGAUAGUUGCAGUGUGGCUUUUUCUUUAACAAAUUAUAAGGAACUGAUUUUAUCAUAAUCACCUGAUCUUAACAACACCAGGAAAGUUUGCAGAAAUUUAAAAAUGGUAGCUGAACAAAAGUGAUACUUAAAAGUUGUGUAAUAUAAUAGGCAUAAAACCCCAAAAUUUAUAGUAAGGAGGUGGUUGGAGAUUUGUCUUUUGAAUGACUUUAAAAGAAUCCUUUUUAUUAUACAGUGGAUAAAAACGGGCGAUGUGAGGGUGACAAACUGCAGCAUCCUGCAGACAGAGGAAGUGCUCUCAAACUGUGAGAGUUUCAGAAAAGCUCAGACGGACUCAAGAACCGAGAAGACUGUUAUCACUCCACCCAUCCUGUCUGUGCUUCAACACACACACACACACACACACACACACAUAUACACACUUUAACAACCACAACCACUGCUCUCAGACACAUGCUCACACAUGAACCCCCCCCCCCUCCCCGCCUAUGGCCCCCUGAUGGCAGCUGAGACGAGGCUGCCACUUUCACUGUUUCCACACUCGCUGCCCCAUGACUCGCCGCUUUGUGCCUUUCUCAUGCAGGGGCUAUUCCUAGCUGCCAUGUGUGAAGUAAGGGGCUGUAAAUUAGUGUUUGACAGAAAUGUGCUUCAAAGAGCCAGCUAUGAUAUUUUGUGCCAUGGCUUGGCUUAAAGUCUAAACUCUUGGACCGCAAAGGACCUCGAGCCAUCAGUGAAACAUGAAUAAUACAGAAAAUAGGCUUUUAGACGCUCUCAAACAGGCUUCAUGUUUAAAUCAGUGUCUAUAAAAACCUGUGAGAGCUCAAACUUUCAUUUUUUUAAGCAAAUUAAAUCUUAUCCAUGUGUCUUUAUCGUUGCAGAACAUGCAGUGGAUCUGCCGCAAUAACGCAGCAGAGGACAAAGCUGCGGAACAGUUUUUAAAAAUUGCUGUCUAAUUAGACCAAUAAUACUAAUUAAAGUAAUCAAAACUCUAAAAAGCCAGAGUAUAACUUCGAAAGGGUUAAAUUUUGCAAGUUUUUAGGCUUUUAAUCAUUUUAAUUAUAAUAAUCGUGCAAAUGUAGGCAGUGCUUGACCUCAUCUUUUUCAGGCUUUAAGGGGUUGAUAAAGGCUGGUUUCAUACCCGUGUUGUGUUAGUUUUUAGACACCACAAAGUGUCAUGUUCUCAGUGAGGUGUCGAGUACAAAAGCAGAACGGUCUGUGCACCUCUAACACACACCUCUGCUAAUCUACAGGCCUUAAUUUAGACGUGUGACUUCCUGUCUAUGCCAUGUAAUCCAGCCCGGAUCAUAAAGGGAGCGCACACACACACAUGCACAAACACACACUAACACGCACUUACACAAACACUCAUGCAUGUGUGUUUGUGAGUGUCUUUGAAGUGAGCUCAGGUCUAUCACCUGCUGUAAGUCAGAGGCUUAUCAGGAGAGCGCUGUUGGGUGUUGAGCCCCUCUCACCCCCUCACCCCUCGGUCAGGGUCUGUGUGUGUAAGUGUGUGUGUAUGUGCACGUGUGUGCGUCAGGAUUUCUCACGUUUUUACGUAACACACCCUGAGAUAAUUCGAAAUCCCAGGGGCCCUCAUCAGGAUACAUUGUGCCCUCUAAUGGGAUAAUUUCCAGUGAAUUAAAUUAAAGGGAAAUUGCACCUUUUUUUCUGCACAGAAUCACCUGAAACAGCUCACUUUAUAAAAGCAGGAAUUCCCUCCAGGACUGUCUGUUCGUUUCACGUCUCACAGUCCCUCUGCUCAGUAAUCUAGACAUGCAGAUUUCUGCUCCCUGCAGCCCUCCCUCCCCCUUCCUCCCUCCUCCCCCUGCUGAGUCCUGCAAGCUCAGCUGCCAACUGCUGACCCCCUGACGCUUUCCUCCGUCCAAGAUUACCGGGGCCGGAUCUCGCCCUGACGGAAAGCCGCGGCGUUGGCAAAGAGUAAUCCACGAGACGGGGGCGGGCACGUGGCACAGAGACUUUGCCCAGACGCAGUGUGUGUCGAUGAGUGUGUGUGUGUGGGAAAUGAACUGCAGGCUCUAGCCUCCUGCCUCGGGUCCUGUGUUGCUGCCCUGAUAUGUAGGCCACAUCUCUCCAUCUCCUCAUAACCGGCAAACCUGCCAACCACAGACAAGACUCCGCUGUACUGUAACACUGUCUGAAUAUUUUAAUAUUUUAUACUUUAAAUCAGCAUUUUAACAUAUUUUAUCCCCUGCAUACUAUUUGUUUCCUUUAGCCAAGAGAGAGGUCAGAAUCUGAUUUAGUGUAGCUCAAUUGCAGGGACAGAUAUAUCAGUCCACAUGCAAUAAGAUAUUUGCAAACAUGGUUGAAGCCUCAACAUAGGCAUGCCACAACAGUAGGCGGCGAUAACGUGCAAUCACUCUGUCACAUCAAACACGAUAAGGAAACACAGUGCUCAUCUUUACUGAGUGUCUCCUUGAGUGAGUUGAAAUGAAAAAAAGGAAUGAGAUAAAUAUAAAAGGACGGACAUGAGAGAGUCACUGUUUCGUGUAAAAAAACUACUAUUUAACAGUGUUUUACUUAUUUGUCUUAUUUGAUGGUACUUUGUGGAUGCAGCCGGGCAGCACUUGAGUUCAUGACAAAUAUUUCCAAGAACACAAAAAGUGUCCUACUGACUGUAUCGAAGCAUAUUGUAUCAUAUCGUAUUGAAUCACGUCGUAUUGUAUCAUAUUGUAUCGUAUCGUAUCGAAUCGUGUUGUAUCGUAUCGUAUCGAAUCGUGUCGUAUCAUACUGUCAUGUGCAGGUCUUAAUUUUCUCAUUUGGAUUAAAUGCACUUCAAUGCACUUUAGACCCAUUUGACUUUCUGCAAGUAACUCAGUCAGUCCAUCACCCCGUCUUCAUCUGUUUGGUUUGAUUUUAAUUAGGUGAGGAAAGCUGUCAACUUUAGUUGCACUUUAACCUUUUUUAUGACAGAAAAACCCUGACCUGUAGCAAAUAAAGCAAAAGGAGAACGAAGCAGUUUUUUUUCUUAAAUAGAACAUAAUUUCAUUGGGUGUAAAGAAAAACUGGUGAAAAGCUCAGUGUGGAUACUCAUUACUCAGAUCUAUUCAGAUCCUUAAAAAAGAAGUUCAGACCUUUGACUAAUCAUGGCUUUAUCAGACCCCAACAUUUGAUUUCAGUUAUUCCAAAUGAAACAUAAAAAAGGUAAUUUCUUUUCAUCCAAGGUGUCUCUUAAGUGACCAAAACCUCAGAAAUAAAUAAAUGUACAAGCCUAUAAAAUAAUUCUCCUUCACAUUAUGACAUUUAAAUUAGUGUUACUAUCAAACCAGUCAUAGAAGCACUUUGGAUUUGCCCUUGAAAGUCAUUGAAAGUUAUGGAGUUGUACAUCAGGGCUGUGGCGGAUGGAGGACAGCUGUCACGUCAGCAGACUUUGGUACUAUUUGUUCGUCUAGCCACGCUACUUUUCCUGAGAGAGCGGCUCUGAUUACACAGACAUGUGGCAGAGUGUGACACACUGCCAACACAGGCAGGCGAGGCAAUCAGACAGAGAGGGAGAGAGAGGGAGAGGGAGAGCAAGAAUCUAUAAGCCCAUUACAAAUGACCACCUGUUGACACCACGCAGGGGAUGGCUGGUGUAUACAUGUGUAUGUGUGUAUGUGUGUGUGUGCACUGCAGCAGUUUGCAGGCUGAAUGCUGCAGAUUCCUGAGGGAGAUCCUCACAGAGAGAAAAUAAGAGUGAGAGAGCACCGUGAAGAGAGACAGGAGGAGAGAGAGAGAAAGCAGAGUUCUUGCCUCUGGAAACACGGUUUGAUAGAGCAAGUCAAGCGUCACGUGUGUGACCCGUACUCCAACACAUGACCUCUACAUGCUGAGAAACUCUGAGGAACAUACAACAUGUAUGAUCAUUCCAGAAGUGGAGUCAGAUAGAGUCGUGUAAGCCCUCCUCUGCAUGUUUUCUGCUGCUGCUAAACUGAGCCAGAUUAUUUCUAGCAGUUUAAAGGGACAGUCUGAUGUUUUUGGACAUGGGCUUUUGUCAUAUUUUGGGAUUUAAAUGACUGACAGGUUCAGUAGCCAACAAGUAGUUUUUUUUCAGUCUGUAUAUAAAAAGUGUCUCAUUGUUUCUACAGUAUCUGACAGAAAGAUCCCUGCAGAGACCAACCUUUAAGUCAAAGCAGAAGCAGCCUUGUCAUUGAUGUCUUUAAUUUCACCUAAGUGAGACAAACACUAACCACAAACACAUAGUAACCCUGCAAAAACAUCAUAGUGACAUCCUGCCAACAUCACACAUUUCAACACUUCUUCAACACUGAACUCUGCAGUGGUGUCAUGUUGGUGUAUCAUUGCUGGUGUUGCAGAACCAGACAGCAGGAGUUCCAAAUAAACAUAUUUAAACAGGCACAUAGAUGUUGUUUGUGUCUGUAAUGCAUUUUCCAAAGCUUUUCUUAUUCAUUAUUCUUAAUUAGCUUUUUUUUUAAAACACUAGGUGAUAUGCAUCUUAGAUUUGUGCAUGUUUAAAUGUUAGUGUACUAAUGUUUCAUUAUGUUUAUGUUAAAUGAAUAAAACAGUGAGAUUUCUCAGUCUCUGUCCAGCUGAGUUUACGGUAUAAUAACAGCCGAAUUCCUUCACCUGCAGCUCUGACUUCAUACACAGAACUGAAACUAAAGGUAGUUUUUACAACAGUCAAAAAAAAGCUGCACUUUCAGCUACAGGACUGAACUCACUUUGUCUGAAAGACUACGUAUUGUGUGUGUGUGUGUGUGUGUGUGUGUGUGUGUGUGUGUGUGUGUGUGUGUGUGUGUGUGUCUGUCUGUCUGUCUGUUUGUGUGUGUGUGUGUGUCUGUGCUGCACAAGAGUGUGUGGCAGUUAGUGACAGCCACAGCUUGGAGAGGCUGAGGUCAUAUCUGCACAGCCAGCCCAACUACGAACGAAUAGGGGAAGAGAAACAAACCCUUACUUGUCUGUCUGUCUGUGUGAAUGCAUCUGUGUGUGUGAUGGACAGACACACACAGAAACUUGCACAAAUACAGAGCAACACACACACACACACACACAGACAGACACACACUGGCCCAGUCACCCAUUGCCUCCACUCUUGGCUGCCCAUGUGCAAACACACCUAGCUGUAUUGGAUUCUGUGUGUGACGGGUGUGUGACAUACUGCCAUAACCUGCAGUGUGUGUGUGUGUGUGCGUGCGUGCGUGUGUGUGUGUGUGUGCGCGUGUGUGUGUGUAACUUGGUAACCCUGAUGCAACUUCCUGAGCCCUAGACAGGCACACACACACACACACACACACACACACACACACACACACACACACACACACACACACACACACACAAAGUUAACAGCACACCUACAUUUAAACCCACUUCCAGCUAUCAGACACCUCUGCUGGCACUCCCCUAUCGGACUAAAUACACACAAACACACGCGCGUGCACACACUUGCUUAUCAGUCUGUCUGACACUAUUGGGUGCAUUUUCAGUUCACUGACAUUUCACUGUGACAGGCUUGAGCCCGCUGCCAAGUGGGCAACAUGUGGUGCGUUUACAUCACGUGGGAAAAAUAAUCGACCUGUGCCUGGUGUGUCUGCACAGAAAAACCUCUCUAAAGACUCACAAUGUUUACUUCUCUGCUUACAGACUGAGUGUGGGACAGAUUUUUUGUACAGAAUUGCUCAUUUUUACCUUAAUUUGGCAGUGAUUUAAAUCUUGCUGAGAUUUAAAGUCUGUUUUUACAACUUUCCUGCAGCACAAAAACACAUCAGAUUACAUUUAAACAUCAUUUAUCAUUUGAGAAAUAAUCAAGCAACUUGUCUCCACUUUUGUGCAUAUUUUUUUAAACUUAAAAAAUCCUUUUUUUGUCUUCCAGGUGUCUGAUCCUAUCCCGUUCAAAAAGUCCAAGCAUGAAGACUUCCCCUCACAGUCCCCGCUGUCUGACAAAGAGAAGCAGCACGACUGGCUCCAGUCCCUCUCCGCCUCCACUAAGGUAGGUGUUGCUAAGUUAAGGAAGGAGAUGAUGAUGCAUUGGGUGAGAUGUAAUAUAAUACACAAGUUUUCAGAUGAGGGCAGUCGGUAAAUUUAGAUUUGGCAAGCUGUGCAAACAAAGUGGAGUAACUCUAGAGGAGAGGACUGACAGGGAGUGAAGUGAAACAAAAUCUAACUAAAAUAUCUCCCGGAAAGAUCAAUAUUUCCCAAAAAAAGUCCAGCAUGGCGAUAGAGAGACAAAAGCAUUCAACAUUUAUCAUCUGACUGACCUGUCUGGUCACAUAACACACCACUCUCUCCAUGACAGUUAACUCAAAUGACAGGAUUAUUCACAGCCUGUUAAUCAAUGGACACAGAAACAGUUAAUGCAACUUAAUGCACUUUUACCUGAAAGUGCAAAACAUGAAAACAUCUGCAGUGAGCCUACAGAUGCUAAAAGCUUCACAGUUAUGAUGAUAUACCUCUCUCUGUGUUCACAGUUGACGCAAGAGUUGAUUUUCUUUAAAAUGGAAUUUUCAGUUUGUUUUAUUUUAGCACCUCCACAUGCUUGUGUAGUCUUCUGACAAUAAAAUCUGAUCCCUCUGACUCUUGACAGUCAAAUAUAUCAUUUAUUUUGAAUAUUUUAUGCAGAAAUGAUCAAAUCAUGGCUGUUUUCAGCUCCUCUGACACCUGCCCCCUCACUGAUUUAAAGUGUUAGAAAUAACAGUGUAAAACUUGUCAGUCUUGUUGCUGAUGGUCUUGUUUGCUUUUGUACAUCAUGAAAAGGCAAAAAUAUAAAUUUCAAUCUGUUUCACAAGCAUUAAAAACUAUAAAAGAAAAGCUCUCUGGCUGUAUUGAAACUACAUCCAGUUUCUGUUUUAGUUUGAAGUUGUUAAAUGUCAUUUUUCUUUUUUUUAGGGGCUCAACUGCAUCCAGCCCAGGCAGAGAGCUUCUGCUUUUAGACCCUGGUCCCCCCACAUCUCUGCCGGUGAAAAGGAGCCCACCAGUCACCCUCUGGCCCUGCUGAGAGACAGGUAAGACCAGCACAGGACAGGACACCAGGAUGAUGUAUUUAACUCACUUCCAAAGCGAUACAGUGAAGACAAAGAGAAGAUCUGCGUUGCUUUCUCUGACAUCCAUUUUGUUCAUCUGAGUCUGAUGAUCUCCCAGCAUGCUCCUCACUUGUCUGGGUGGGCUGGUAUCAGGGGGGUCAAGUCUGACUGUACCAUAGCCUCCCACACAGCACCAUUCACACACAUCUGACACACACUCACACCGUGGGCACCCACUUGGCUGAGUGAAGCCGGUGCAGGCUGCGCCAUAUCACAGUCGAUCUGGCCCAGUUUCUCCAACAGUGGGAGGAAAAAGCUGCAGGCUCUUUAUUUGAAUGUUUCUCUGCCCUGUUUGGUGAAAGCUCUUCAUCAGACCCUUCAAUAUGUCUCUGGCUGUGUUUACUUACAUGCAGAAUUCAGCUCUUAAUGACGUGACCUUGAUUUGUUUGUUUUCCAGUAAACAUCAUGACGCGCAAACAUAAACCGUCUCCUUUCCCUCCUAGUUUCUACAACUACAAGAGUCUGGAGAAAGCGGUGGCCCCCAAUGUCGCUCUUACACCCCUGCCCCUGGGGAAGGUGGGCCCACUGUCCCCCUCUGUGCCCAGCACCUCUCACCCCAGUGGAGGCGAACCCCCGGGUGAGGGUGCGCACGCCUCCUCCAGGCCCCGCAAGAGAAGAGCCACAGGGGAGCUCCCGAUGCCAGAAGCCCCCUGCCCUCCACCGUCAGCUGCCAGCAAGCCGCCGCCGCCGCCACCUCAAGAGGACAAAGACUCUGAGGUGGAGAUCGAGGUGGAGAGUCGUGAUGAAUGUAAGCAAAGAAGCGAUAAAAAUAUCUUCAAUGAGCAGCUCGAGAUUUCUCUGCUUCCCUGAACUCAACCCUCUCUUGUGUUUGCUCUCCCCACAGUCACCUCGUCCCUGUCCUCCCUCUCCUCGCCAUCCUUCACCUCAUCCAGCAGCUCAGCGAAGGACUUGAGCUCGCCAGGCGCCCAGGGGCCCAUCUGCACCGUCACGUCAGCGGAGGGUACGCCCCCUGCGGCUGCACCCAUCACAGCCGCCGUCACCCCUCCGGAGCUGGGGCUGGAGUCUGAGCUGGAGAGCCUGAGGCAGGCGCUGGACAGUGGACUGGACUCCAAAGAGUCGAAGGAGAAGUUCCUGCACGAGAUCGUGAAGAUGAGGGUGAAGCAGGAGGAGAAGCUGGGAUCAGCUCUGCAGGCCAAACGCAGCCUCCAGCAGGUAGAGGGAACAUUUUACCACCAUAGUUUUGCCUCUUUUACAUCCUCUCUCUGUUUCUUCUUGAUGACAGAUUCACACUAAACCAAGCCCAGCGUGCAAACUCUUAAGCAUGUGCAGAACACCCAGUCCAGUUUGAGUCAACAAGAGCAUUUCUCUGACGUAUUAUAUACAUGAUUAAUCCCAACAAUCUUUGAAAAUAUUCUACUCUGUUGCCCAUAGCAACAGUCUGAUAUUAAAAGAUACUGGAAGUAUCUAGGUCCCCCACUUUGCUGAUUGAGUCUCUCUAUAUUUGUUCAGUAUUUCCUCUCAUUUAAGUGAGUGCGCCAUGAUGAGUAUCACCGCUGGCUCAGAGAAUGGGAUUUCCCAGUCUGAGCUGCCCCUGACAGCUCUCUUAGACCUUAAGCUUCUUGAAAUCAGACGAGACAGAAACUUUUUCAAAGUCGGCGCUCUGAGGGAGACGACUCCUCUCAGGCAUCAUAAUUCAGAAGUGGAUUAGAAGUCGUUAUCGCUGGGCUCUAAGCUUAGCAUGAGUUGGCAAGUGAUAACAAUGAGAGCGGAUGUUGCUGCGAAGGGAAAGGGCCAGACUUCCAUUUUUAUUUUUGGUCUUGGACUGAGAACAAAAAACCGCAGACGAAGGAGUCUGUGUGGGCGAGAGAAGAAGAGGGAUUGCAGCGUGACAGAAUUCUGCUUUCACUUUCCGUCAGAGGAGUAACGGAGAGGCAGCACGGAUUAAAAAACCAAACUACAGGAACCAUCAGCUUCCAUUAUAAGCUGACUUUAUCCCUGCUGUCUUCAGCUGAACUCGCCCUCACCCCAACGGUGUUCUCCGAGCGCUUACGUAAAGCAUCAGCAGAGUAAAGGGUGUGAUGGGGAUUGUUUCUUUUCACUCUUUUGGUGGGAACCAACAAAGCUUGAUGACAGACAUGUUUGUCCCUACUGCUCUGUUCCCAUGAGUCUGCUCAGGGUGUGUUUCCGUAACACACACAAUCACACACACACAUUCACACUUUGUCAAUGAUUCAGAGGAAGGAAACCUAACUUCUGUCAGCCCACACUCUGCCCUAACCCCUGACUUGGCCCAGUGUAAACACUGACAUGGACACUUUAACCUCCAGCAACAAGUCGCUGCUCUCAAGUGUCAACAGCUCAGACACAAAGUCAAACAGCCGUGUGACACAUUAAAUCCAUCGGCAUUCACAGAGGUUACACAAGCACUACAUGACGCUGAGCUUAAUAAUCUCGAAACUCUGGCGAAUAGACUUUGAAUUUACUAUCUUUCUUUCACAGGAGUUGGAGUUCUUGCGAGUGGCUAAGAAGGAGAAGCUGCGGGAGGCGACCGAGGCGAAGAGAAACCUGAGGAAGGAAAUCGAGCGUCUGCGAGCCGAGAGCGAGAAGAAGAUGAAGGAGGCCAAUGAGUCGCGGAUCCGUCUGAAGCGGGAGCUGGAGCAGGCCCGGCAGCUGAGGGUGUGCGAUAAAGGCUGCGAGGCCGGACGGCUCCGUGCAAAAUACUCUGCACAGGUCAGUAGGAGCUUCAUGAAAAGAGUGUCAAACAGCACGAUAUGUCUUUACGAUGCAUGGGUAUAAAUGAGCUUAAAAAAGGGCGCUACAUGUCGAGACGCUAACAGUGCAGUCUGGCGCAGAUGUGAUGGUAGCAAGUCUAGACGAUUAUGUCAACACCCUCAGACUAAUUGCAGUGUUUCAGAGUAUCACUGUCUCAUUUGCUUUCAAGGUCAGCAGAGAUGAGGGCAAGAAAAAAACCCACAUUUCCUUUUCCUCAGUUGAAAAUAAAUGGGUGUAGCCCAGAGUGCACAGAUGUACGAUAAGUCCUCUCUGAAAGGAAACAGGAAGAGACGUCGACUUCCCUCAGGCACCAUGGGAAAUGCAGAUUAGACAAAACAAGAGGGAGGUUAUGCUCUCCAGCUGCGUCUGUGUUCCUCCCUGCAGAGAGUGCAGCCUGUCUGCAAAACAAGAUGGUUCAGACUCCAUUUUUACUCAGGAAUAGAAAAAAAAAGGGAAGUUUAAAAAGUUUUAUCUGACUUUCCCCAGAGAUAGUUCUGCACAGUGUCAAAAAGAGAUUGAAAUGAGCAGAUUUGCUGGAGUAAGUGUGACUGUAACAUCAGUUUAUUGAUCAUGUUCAAAAUUAAACAUCAUGAAAUGUUCUCCUGUUACUGUGGAAACCAGAGAGUUUCAUGUUUUAGAUUUGAUGUCAGCUCAAAGUAGUCAUGUUGGUGCAGAGCUGGUGGCUUGGGAAUUACUUUUGCACCGAUAAAAAAAUUAAUUGAUUAAUAUUUAAAUGCUGCAGGUCUAAUUUGAGUGAGACAAAGUUAGAGAUGCAGCCAUCAAAACAGCCGAUAUUUCUCAUAAACUGUUGCUUCUACAGAUUCAGAAAUAACGCAACAACAUUUAACCUCCACAUUCUUUGUCGGAGCUUGAUUCAGACCCGUUUCGUGGGUGGAAAAAACAAAGAACACUUACCCGCUUGUAUCUGCUCAAGCUUUGAUUGGGUAUUGGCUGUAGGACAGGGGUUUGGUAAUUGGACAAGACAGUUACUCAUCGCUGAACUAUUGAGCCCCCCAUUAUCAGGACUUCCUGAUUUCAAAGCUUCAUCCCUGCUUGGGUUAUCAAGCACCACAAUGCUGUUUAGUCAGAUCUGUUCUGCUGUGUAACUUCAGCUGUUUCCUGCCAUGUGUUUUCCAGAUCGAGGACCUCCAGAUGAAGCUGCAGCACGCCGAGGCCGACCGCGAGCAGCUCCGAGCAGACCUUCUGCAGGAGCGGGAGGCCAGGGAGCAUCUGGAGAGGGUGGUGAAGGAGCUCCAGCAGCAACUGUGGCCCAAAUCCAACAGCGACAAGGAGGGGACGCCCAAGGAGACUACAGCUGACAACUAACCCCACAGCCAACCUCACCGCCCUAAACCAUUCCCCCCACAUCGCCAUGAUACCCCGACAUCUCCUGCCCAACUCGGACCAUGAACACACCCAGGAGUCCAGGCCAGCCACAUCACAACAUCCAUCAUGAAAACUAAAAACUCAUCCUCCAACCAGAGAGAGAAAUAUGUCCUCAUUCUUGCCCAUAAAAUCAAUCAAGAGGUUUCCUUCGAGAAAGACAUGUAGGUGACAAAGAAACUUGAUGCUUUUUCAGGAAACAACUCGCAGCUUCUGAACUCAUAGACCUGAAAACUGGAAAAUGAGAGUGAAGAGAACCACUCGAGUGUGGUUAUGUCUGUUUUCUUUCUGAAAAGAUUUUAUCAGACAGAUAUCUGUGAUCCUGUGAGCUGAAGAAGAGAAAUAUCACAGCUCAGGUGGUGUGGAUGUGGCCGGGAUGGCAGGGGUCAAAGUUCACCCUGAAAAGUCUCCACCGACCCUGUCCUUCGCCACGGCGAAGAUGGAGGAACACAUUAUAAGCUAUUUAAGGGACUACAUAGCGAUAUGUAAAGAAAAAAAAAGGACAGUUUCUUUGUUUCUCUGUGCUAUUGGAGUUUGAAGUAUAAAAAAUAAAUCAGAAAAUGAACAAAACAAGCAGAUGAACCCUCCACAGUGCCACCGUGGUUUUGUCGGUUUUUCAGGAAGCCAUAACAGUCCACUGAGGAGGGGGGGACAUCGAACCCGAAGGUCAAGCCACCCGUCUUUUCCUCCUAUUGUUGUUUUAUAAAAUCAUUUCUGUCUAAUUUCUCUGAGCGGCGGGCGGUUCGCUCUUGGGUUGAAGUUUUCCCUCUUUGGAUCAAACCCUGAAAUAGGGAUCGGGAAUAACAUCAUGCUGGGUUGAAGUUUCCAGAGAGCACUUGUUUGGGAGGAUAAACUCCAACAGUGGCUGUCUCUCUCACACACACACUCUCGUUGGUUUCCAUUUGUUAUUUUAAGCAUUUGGGUCAAACCCUGAAGUCUUUAUCUUGUAAAGAUAAAAUCCUCCAGAUGUGAGUGUGAGAGAUAAAACCGGCACGUUUCCUCACUCCGUAAAACCAUCAGAUCUGAAAUCACAGUGGGCUGGAUGGGACACCUUUUGGCAAGAACCACAAAAUGUUCAUUUUAAUUAAAUUAAGGUCUGUAAAUAUAAAUAUAUGUUGUUGUUUUUUAACUUUACAAUAAUGAAUCGCACUUUGUCAUAACAAAAUACUGUUAUAAAAGCAUUGUACUCCCACUAUUGUCUUCAGUUUACUUUGAGAACAUCAUUAUACACGACUGCUACCAUAUAAACCCAGUAAGCAUUUUGUUGAUUAUAUGCGAGUGAUACUGCUCUGUUUUCUAAAGGCAAAGUAUGUAAAUAAACAGAAAAAAAAAGGCUCCGCUGAAGUCUGAAGCUUCAAGUUGUCACAUUUUGUAAAAUAUCUGACACAGAUAGCAGCGGGUUACAGCGUGUCAGGGAGGAGGGGGAGGAGCCCGAACUAACAAGACACAUGUUCGAAGAAUAAAAUGCGAUUUUAUUCCAAAGGCAGAGGUGUGAAUCUGCCGUCACAUAGUGGGUACAAUGCAAUCAGAAUGUACAUUGUGUUAAUGCUAUUUUUCCUUUGGUUGUUGAUGUUGUUUUAAACGUGGAGAUAUUUUAUUGCUUGUCUGUUUUGUUCACUUUUUUCAAUAGAAACUCAUCCUUUCUUUAUGCAUGAAAUUUGAGAGAGUUUGCCAUACAUAUAGUCAGUUAUUGGGCAUUGAUACUGUACGUGUAAGGGUUUUAUUGUGUUAUACAAUAUAAAGCAAUUUGUCUUAUUUAGAAAAGGAAUGAAAAAGAAACACAGCGUAUAUUGUUCUUAAGAAAAAAAACUUCACACUUGCAAAAAAAGAAAAAAAAAAAGAAGACAAAAAAAAGAGUCUAAAUGCAAUGCUGGACAACCUCAAGUGCCUGGACGUGGGCGAAAGGUUUCCAGAGAAGGAAAACUGAUGAUGAAGCUGUCGGGGCUGGGCCUCUCAUCAACUUCCUGUUUGCAGGUUUCAAAUUAAAAGCCCCUUCCUCGCUCAGCAGCUCUUUGUAUCAGUAUUCCUAAAAACGAACCAGUUUACAGACUUUUUUCUUUUUCAAUGCAGAGAACAAUUGAACAAAUGCUAGAUGAUGCUUCAGGCUUUUUUCUGAAUGAGUGUUUUUUCUUCUUCAUUUGAAAUCGAUGAUAUGCAUGUUCAAACAAUUUUUAUAGAAGACCUUGAAAAGCCACUUGCUUUUGGUGAAUUGUUACUUUGGGUUGUACAUAAAGACUAAACUGUUGAUUCCCAGUUUGUCCUGAGGUGGACAUGUCGAGGGUGAUAAAGAGGGCAUUAUGUGAAGACGCCCUUUUCUUAUCCGACAUCAGCGAUGUUGCUCAGAGAACAACAAAGCUGCGACUUUGGCAGACUUUAAAUUGGUACAUUUUAUAGUUGUUUUUACACUCUAAAGAGUUAAUAGCCUAUGUGUAGUUUACUUUACUCAUGGUUUUCUACAAAAAGAAGGGAGACAAUACCGACAUUGGCUCUUCAUUCUCCCGAUGCAAAAAGAAAAAGCAGUUUAACAAAGUCUUGUUUUCUAAAGGAGAAUCAUUUUGCUAAAUAAUGGACCGAAAGCAGCAAUAACAGUCCAUAUUACUAGACAAAUACUAGCCAGUGUGAAGAUUUGAAUAAGAAUUUACAAAUGUAAAUAUUUUUUUCAUUUACGAUAUUGUAUAAUAUAUGUACAUGGUGUUUCCUUUUUCAAAAAGAAAUCUUUUCUUACAAUAGCUGUCUUGUUUUUUUUGUUUUUUUGAAUUUGUGUUUUAACUGAGAUGUUUCAAAAACAGUUAAUGCAGUGCGUAAGAGAAUAUUCCCUACAUAAACAUGUUAACCCAUUUUUUUCUCUCUUUUUUUUUUUACUGUAGAGUCUUUAUAUUGAAUGACUUUUUUUCACCAGUUCAUAUAUAUUUUUAACAUAUGUUCAGUAUCAGAUUGCAGUCGGGGUCACCAUCACGUGACCCGCCAUGUUGCAGAUUGUUUCCCCUCAUCCUCAUGUAUCUUUUUAGCCCUAUGCUGCUGCUAAUACUCUAUAAACCUUACAGUUCUAGAAAUAUUUUUAUGUAAAAGGUAAAUGUAAGCUUUCCCAUUUAUUAAUGCCACAUAUACAGUAUGAAAAAGAGCUUGGCUUAUUCAUCUAUCUCCCUUGUUUCCCUCAUCGUUUCACGCCUUUUUCCUCAUCCCACCAUCCAACAACGACCCCCUCCCUUCUCUCACGACACGGACUAUAUUGUAAAGUAAAGGACUUUAUGAGAUUAUGUUUGAAAAUAGCUAUGCUUAUAUACUACAGUGACUGAAUGUACAGUGUAUAGAUGCAUUACCAGAAAUAAAGUUGUUUGUCCAGAUUGAAUGACCCAGUUUUGUUUUUUCACUGCUUGCAACAGAAACCCUAAUUAUUCUGCAAAUACUGCAGACAGAGAGCUUUUUUAUUCUGAUUUAUCAUCAAAUACAGAAACACAUGCAUACACAAACCUACUGCAAGAACCUUAGAGUUGCUUGAAAAAAAGGGGUUGUAAUAAUCUACUACCACUAAAUAAUAUUUCUUAAGCUUAGAAGAUUAAAUCAUUAUCAAUUUAUGCAGAUAUUUCAAAAUAUGUACUGUAUUUUGCAGGGGAGCAUAAUCCCAGCAGAACUACCAUCAUGAUUUGUAAAGAUGUGAUCCUGCUCGCAGUUUCAGAGUAAUCUAGAGCUGGAACAAACUCUGAAAAUCUGGGACACUGUCUUAACAGUUGAUAUAAACAGAAUUUGAGUAAAACUCUAUAUUUGAUUAAAGGAAGAAAAAGGACUUCAUAUUAAAUGGAGCUAUGAAAUACCUUAAAAAAUAUGAAAAUUUGAUGCCAAUGAAAUUGUUGUCCCAUUCUUGCCUGAUAGAGGCUUUCAGCUGUUCAACAGUUCAGGGUCUCCUUUUUACUUUUUUUGGUGUCAUGAUUCUCCAAAUGUUUUCAAUGGGGACAAGUCAAGACUGCAGGCAGACCAGUUGAUCAGCAGGACCUCGUACUACAGAGCCAUGCUGUUGAAUGUGGUUUGUCAUUGUCCUGCUAAAAUAUGAAGGUCUUCCCUGAAAAAGUAAUUGUCCGGAUGGCAGCAGAUGUGUUUGUACAGAGAUUUCUCCAGAUUCUCUGAAUAUUUUGAUAAUAUUUUAUUCUGUAGAUGACAAAAUCCACUCAUUCUUUCACAUUUGAUACUCAGGAACAUUAUUCAGAAACUGUUGAACUGUUAGCUCACACAGUCUCUCACAGAGUGGUGAACCUCUUCCCAUCUUUCCUUGUGAGAGACUCAGCCUCUUUGAACGUCCUUUUUAUACCCAGUCAUGUUACUAACCUGUUAAAAAUGGACCUCAGCAGUUGGAGAUGUGCCUCCGGAUUUUUUUUUUAUAGCAUUACACAACUUAUUUGGUUGUUCAACUUAAACAACUUAAAAAAGCUAACAUUUUUCUUAAAAAACCCCAAAACAUUUCUCCAGUUAUAACAUUUGUUUUUAGUCUCAAUUGUAUGAAGGCUUUAAAUGACUUGCAAACCAUUUAAUUUUAGUUUCAUCAAAAUGUCAUGCAGUCUUCUAACUUAUAAAGAAUUUAGGUUUCCUUCUAGGAAAAAUACAAUGAAGGAAAAAAAAAUCCUAAACAUGUUGGUUUCGGUCUUUAAUGCUAGAAACUGAAUUUAUGGCACACUUUGAAGAAAAGCAGCAAAUAAAAAAAGAAAGUGAAAACCAGGUUUAAUGUUAGAAUGAAAAGGUUAUAAAUUAUUAAAUACAUGCAGACCCUCAGAGCUAAACUGGAUUUGUUUCAGCAUACUGAAACAACAGUACUCUCCCCUCCCGUUUCACCCUCUCAUCCGGUUUUUGUACUCAGAUAUGGUUUUAGGGCAGCUGCUAAGAAACCUCCAUAAUUACUGUGAAAACCUUUAAAAAAAGGAUGAGCUGCAAACACUUAACUAGAAAGGAAUGUACGCUAGAUCUCAAGUUAACACCCACUCAGCCUGACAGCACUGGAUGUAAACAUUCAUUAGUGUCUGCACACACAAACACUCACAGCUGAGUACUCCAGUGUGCACAGUGUGAGUUGGCUGUAGGCUUCUCUGUAUGAAGUGCAAACAGAAGUCACAUUUAGCCUCUAUAUGUCAAGUUUGGAAGAAGUUGCUUUGGCAAAUCAUUUAGAAGUUAUUAUUUCUUAUUUCUGGUUAUAAAGACGUGCCUACUAAAGGAGCGCCAUACCACAUUCAUACUCAAAAAUGGGCUGAUAGUGCAAUUAUCAUGCAGCCUAUUAGGAGGUCUUAUUGCUGAGGUCACCAAAAUUUGUAAAAUCAAACUGACAAUUGAUGUGUUUUCCGGACAUAGUCAAAUGUGGAGACAUGAGCAAGGUGAAAGGAUAGGUGCCAUUUCAGUCCUGGUUUUACUAAUCACCUUUGGUUAUUUAUUCUUAAAACUAGCCUAACUUUUAUUAUUAUUAUUAUUAUUAUUAUUAUUAAUUUAUUUUUUUUUGCAUUUAGGCUCCCAAAAGUGAACUCUCAAUG